AAGGGGUGGACGGCUGGGUGAACCUAACUGAGAUUGACCCAGAUGAGGAGGUACAAGGGGAGAUUCACCUCCAGAUAUCAGUGUUAGGGGACGGGGACGUCCCCAGAAUACUGCGCUGCCAAGUACUGGAGGCCAGGUAAGACAUGGAGGAUGUUGGCUAGUCCUGUAUUUGUUGAGGCAUAGCGCUUGCAACGCCAGGAAUUGUGGGUUCUAUUCCCGCUGGGGCCACCCAUACCAAAAUGUAUGCAUGCACUACAGGAAGUUGGAUAAAAUUGUCUGCUAAAUGUCAUAGUAAAUAGAAAUUAAUUACCUAGAAGAUGACAAAUUACCUGUGGGAUCUAGGGUGGACCUACUUCUCAGGUUCUACUCUAGAUAUGCCGAUGGCAUCGCUUUGUAUAGCAACUACAUCACACAAGGCCAGUGCUGCUCAUUGGUAGUGGAUGAGGUGGGGUCUACCAUCACUGUAUACAUUUUUAUGAGCACUUCUCUAUGUAAAACCAAUUGUUUAUCAUCAAAAGUAUUAAUUCACAGAUGUUUUGGAUGUUAUAUACGCUACAUGACCAAAAGUAUGUGGACAGCUGCUCGUCAAACAUCUCAUUCCAAAAUCAUGGGCAUUAGUAUGGAGUUGGUCCCCCUUUUGCUGCUAUAACAGCCUCCACUCUUCUGGGAAGGCUUUCCACUAGAUGAACAGUGCUGCGGGGACUUGCUUCCAUUCAGCCACAAGCGCAUUAGUGAGGUCAGGCACUGAGGUUGAGCGAUUAGGCCUGUCUCGCAGUCGGCGUUCCAAUUCAUCCCAAAGGUGUUUGAUGGGGUUGAGGUCAGGGCUCUGUGCAGACCAGUCAUGUUCUUCCACACUGAUCUUGACAAACCAUUUCUGUAUGGACCUCGCCUUGUGCAUGGGGGCAUUGUCAUGCUGAAACAGGAAAGGGCAUUCCCCAAACUGUUGCCACAAAGUUGGAAGCACAGAAUAAUCUAGAAUGUCAUUGUAUGCUGUAGCAUACUAUGAGAACGCGUUUUCACUGCUCCAGAGUCCAAUGGCGGCGAGCUUUACACCACUCCAGCCGACGCUUGGCAUUGCGCAUUGUGAUCUUAGGCUUGUGUGCGGCUGCUCAGCCAUGGAAAUCCAUUUCAUGAAGCUCCCGACUAACAGUUAUUGUGCUGACGUUGCUUCCAGAGGCAGUUUGGAACUCGGUAGAGUGGUGCAACUGAGGACAGACUAUUUUUACUACUUUAUUUUUCGCCGGUCCCGUUCUGUGAGCUUGUGUGGCCUAUCACUUCACGGCUGAGCCGUUGUUGCUCCUACACGUUUCCACUUCACAAUAACAGCACUUACAGUUGACCGGAGCAGCUCUAGCAGGGCAGAAAUUUGAUGAACUGACUUGUUGUGAAGGUGGCAUCCUAUGACUGUGCCACAUUGAAAGUCACUGAGCUCUUAAGUGGUGUCCACAUACUUUUGUAUAUAUAUAUAUAUAUAUAUAUAUAUAUAUAUAUAUAUAUAUAUAUAUAUAUAUAUAUAUAUAUAUAUAUAUAUAUAUAUAUAUAUAUAUAUAUAUAUAUAUAUAUAUAUAUAUAUAUAUAUACACACAGUGGGGAGAACAAGUAUUUGAUACCUUUUUUUUCACCUUUAUUUAACCAGGUAAGCCAGUUGAGAACAAGUUCUCAUUUACAACUGCGACCUGGCCAAGAUAAAGCAAAGCAGUGCGAUAAAAACAACAACACAGAGUUACAUAUGGGGUAAAAAAAUACAACAGAAAAUAUAUAAACAGUGUGUGCAAAUGUAGCAAGUUAUGGAGGUAAGGCAAUAAAUAGGCUAUAGUGCAAAAUAAUUACAAUUAGUAUUAACACUGGAAUGCUAGAUGUGCAAGAGAUUAUGUGCAAAUAGAGAUACUGGGGUGCAAAAGAGCAAAAUAAAUAACAAUAUAGGGAUGAGGUAGUUGGGUGGGCUAAUUUCAGAUGCGCUGUGUACAGGUGCAGUGAUCGGUAAGGUGCUCUGACAACUGAUGCUUAAAGUUAGUGAGGGAGAUCAGUCUCCAGCUUCAGAGAUGUUUGCAAUUCGUUCCAGUCAUUGGCAGCAGAGAACUGGAAGGAAUGGCGGCCAAAGGAGGUGUUGGCUUUGGGAAUGACCAGUGAGAUAUACCUGCUGGAGCGCAGACUACGGGUGGGUGCUGCUAUGGUGACCAAUGAGCUAAGAUAAGGCGGGGAUUUGCCUAGCAGUGAUUUAUAGAUGGCCUGGAGCCAGUGGGUUUGACGACGAACAUGUAGUGAGGACCAGCCAACAAGAGCGUACAGGUCACAGUGGUGGGUAGUGUAUGGGGCUUUGGAGACAAAACGGAUGGCACUGUGAUAGACUACAUCCAAUUUUCUGAGUAGAGUGUUGGAGGCUAUUUUGUAAAUGACAUCGCCGAAGUCAAGGAUCGGUAGGAUAGUCAGUUUUACGAGGGCAUGUUUGGCAGCAUGAGUGAAGGAGGCUUUGUUGCGAAAUAGGAAGCCGAUUCUAGAUUUAACUUUGGAUUGGAGAUUCUUAAUGUGAGUCUGGAAGGAGAGUUUACAGUCUAACCAGACACCUAGGUAUUUGUAGUUGUCCACAUACUCUAGGUCAGACACGUCGAGAGUGGUGAUUCUAGUCGGGUGGGCGGGUGCCAGCAGCGUUCGAUUGAAGAGCAUGCAUUUAGUUUUACUAGUGUUUAAGAGCAGUUGGAGGCUACUGAAGGAGUGUUGUAUGGCAUUGAAGCUCGUUUGGAGGUUUGUUAACACAGUGUCCAAUGAAGGGCCAGAUGUAUACAAAAUGGUGUCGUCUGCGUAGAGGUGGAUCUGAGAGUCACCAGCAGCAAGAGCGACAUCAUUGAUAUACACAGAGAAAAGAGUCGGCCCAAGAAUUGAACCCUGUGGCACCCCCAUAGAGACUGCCAUAGGUCCAGACAACAGGCCCUCCGAUUUGACACAUUGAACUCUAUCUGAGAAGUAGUUGGUGAACCAGGCGAGGCAGUCAUUUGAGAAACCAAGGCUAUUUAGUCUGCCAAUAAGAAUGCGGUGGUUGACCGAGUCGAAAGCCUUGGCCAGGUCAAUGAAGACGGCUGCACAGUACUGUCUAUUAUCGAUCGCGAUACACUGCCGAUUUUGCAGGUUUUCCUACUUACAAAGCAUGUAGAGGUCUGUCAUUUUUAUCAUAGGUACACUUGAACUGUGAGAGACGGAAUCUAAAACAAAAAUCCAGAAAAUCACAUUGUAUGAUUUUUAAGUAAUUUGCAUUUUAUUGCAUGACAUAAGUAUUUGAUCACCUACCAACCAGUAAGAAUUCCGGCUCUCACAGACCUGUUAGUUUUUCUUUAAGAAGCCCUCCUGUUCUCCACUCAUUACCUGUAUUAACUGCACCUGUUUGAACUCGUUACCUGUAUAAAAGACACCUGUCCACACACUCAAUCAAACAGACUCCAACCUCUCCACAAUGGCCAAGACCAGAGAGCUGUGUAAGGACAUCAGGGAUACAAUUGUAGACCUGCACAAGGCUGGGAUGGGCUACAGGACAAUAGGCAAGCAGCUUGGUGAGAAGGCAACAACUGUUGGCGCAAUUAUUAGAAAAUGGAAGAAGUUCAAGAUGACGGUCAAUCACCCUCGGUCUGGGGCUCCAUGCAAGAUCUCACCUCAUGGGGCAUCAAUGAUCAUGAGGAAGGUGAGGGAUCAGCCCAGAACUACACGGCAGGACCUGGUCAAUGACCUGAAGAGAGCUGGGACCACAGUCUCAAAGAAAACCAUUAGUAACACACUACGCCGUCAUGGAUUAAAAUCCUGCAGCGCACGCAAGGUCCCCCUGCUCAAGCCAGCGCAUGUCCAGGCCCGUCUGAAGUUUGCCAAUGACCAUCUGGAUGAUCCAGAGGAGGAAUGGGAGAAGGUCAUGUGGUCUGAUGAGACAAAAAUAUAGUUUUUUGGUCUAAACUCCACUCGCCGUGUUUGGAGGAAGAAGAAGGAUGAGUACAACCCCAAGAACACCAUCCCAACCGUGAAGCAUGGAGGUGGAAACAUCAUUCUUUGUGGAUGCUUUUCUGCAAAGGGGACAGGACGACUGCACCGUAUUCAGGGGAGGAUGGAUGGGGCCAUGUAUCGUGAGAUCUUGGCCAACAACCUCCUUCCCUCAGUAAGAGCAUUGAAGAUGGGUCGUGGCUGGGUCUUCCAGCAUGACAACGACCCGAAACACACAGCCAGGGCAACUAAGGAGUGGCUCCGUAAGAAGCAUCUCAAGGUCCUGGAGUGGCCUAGCCAGUCUCCAGACCUGAACCCAAUAGAAAAUCUUUGGAGGGAGCUGAAAGUCCGUAUUGCCCAGCGACAGCCCCGACACCUGAAGGAUCUGGAGAAGGUCUGUAUGGAGGAGUGGGGCAAAAUCCCUGCUGCAGUGUGUGCAAACCUGGUGAAGACCUACAGGAAACGUUUGAUCUCUGUAAUUGCAAACAAAGGUUUCUGUACCAAAUAUUAAGUUAUGCUUUUCUGAUGUAUCAAAUACUUAUGUCAUGCAAUAAAAUGCAAAUUAAUUACUUAAAAAUCAUACAAUGUGAUUUUCUGGAUUUUUGUUUUAGAUUCCGUCUCUCACAGUUGAAGUGUACCUAUGAUAAAAUUACAGACCUCUACAUGCUUUGUAAGUAGGAAAACCUGCAAAAUCGGCAGUGUAUCAAAUACUUGUUCUCCCCACUGUGUAUAUAUAUAUAUAUAUAUAUAUAUAUAUAUAUAUAUAUAUAUAUAUAUAUAUAUAUAUAUAUAUAUAUAUAUAUAUAUAUAGUAUAAUUCUUGCAUCAACUUGUACUCCUGAGUGACACAGUGGUCUAAGGCACUGCAUCGCAGUGCUAACUGUGCCACUAGAGAUCCUGGUUCGAAUCCAGGCUCUGUCGCCGCCGGCCGCGACCGGGAGACUCAUGGACGGCGCACAAUUGGCCCAGCGUCGUCCAGGGUAGGGGAGGAAAUGGCCGGCAGGGAUAUAGCUCAGUUGAUAGAGCAUGUCGUUUGCAACGCCAGGGUUGUGGGUUCGAUUCCCACGGGGGGCCAGUAUAAAAAAAUAAAAAUAUAUAAAAUAUGUAUUCACUAACUGUAAGUCGCUCUGGAUAAGAGCGUCUGCUAAAUGACAAAAAUGUAAAAUGUAACUUUUCUUGCAUUAAAGGUCCAGUACAGCCGUUUUUAUCUCAAUAUCAAAUCAUUUCUGGGUAACAAUUAAGUACCUUACUAACCACGUUUCCAUCCACAGUUUUUAUGCGAAUAAAGUAAUACCGUAUAAAAUAAAAUCACGACAGCUGUGAUGGAAACAGGAAGUUUCAGUACAAUUUUAGAAAUGCCGACAGAUCAUUUGUUCGUUGGACAUGGUGGGAUCGUUUUGUCUGUUAAAUUUAUUAUGCGAGAAAUGGCGGUGAAAACACCUUUUUAAUGCGCAAAUAUUGAUAUAACAACCAUCGUAUCGAAGUACAUUUGGAGUCAUGCGAUGAUAUGGUGUGUGGUCAUCCCACUACGACUCGGAAAACUAUGCAGUUUAUUAGGCUACAGAUUAAGUAAGUUAUGAACUUCACAGGGUGGUGAAAGUGCACGGUGAUCUUGAUGCUCCUUUCCAAUAAAUAUUGAGGGUCUUAUUCUGGUGACAUGAUGAUCGACUGCCGUUUGACUGUCGUUUGACAAGUAAAAAUAUUCUCGCUCUUAUCCAUAAUAAUCUCAUCAUGUAGACUAGCCUACCUGGCCACAUAGCCUACCCGCACUGUAGCUACGAGCUGUUGGCUAGAGCACACGUACCAAGACCAGAGUAGGGGCACAUUUGCUAUUUAACACAAGUUUUUUUGCCAAAACUAUCGGUAGAGUUAAAUGCAAUGGAAACACAUUGAACUUUAUAUUUUAUAAAAAAAUUAAGCGAAAACACACUGAUUUAUAUCUGCAACAAGUGAAUUUGGGGGCAACGCACCACUGGGGGAAAAAUGUCCGUAUUUUCUUUAUGUGGAUUUUAGAAUAUUCGUCUGAAAAUCUGUCGCCAAUUGGAUGGAAACCUAUAUACUGUGAUUGUUUUCAAUUAAAAUGGUCAAAAAGAAGCAAAAAUAGCUUUUUAGCAAAGAGCAAUUUCUCAAGCAAGAAUUUAGCUAGGACUGUCUGGGAGUGGUCUGAGUGGGGAGGGGAAAACGGAAAACUAGCUGUUAUUGGCAGAGAGGUUUAGAACUCUCUUUCUUAUUGGUCUAUAAACUAAUUUGCCACCUGGCGACGUCACCAAGCAGACCAAAACUCCAUCCCACCAAAACAGGCUGAGAUUUCAGGCGGUCUUUUUCAUCAUUUUUACAAUUUCACAGUAUUAUUCCAACAUCAUAGUGUGGAAAUAUACAGUGCCUAUAGAACGUCUACACCCAUCUUGGAUUUCUUCACAUUUUAUUGUGAUACAAGUGGGAUUCAAAUGGAUUUAAUUGUUUUAAAAAAUUGUCUACACAAAAUACAAUUUUUACACUGAGUGCCUUCAGAAAGUAUUCAUACCCCUUGACUUAUUCCACAUUUUGUUGUUAUAGCCUGAAUUAAAUGUUAUUUUUUCUCACCCAUCGACACACCAUACCACAUAAUGACAUAGUGAAGACAUGCUUUUAAAAAGGUUUGCUAAUUUAUUGAAAAUGAAAUACAGAAAUAUCUCAUUUACAUAAGUAUUCACACCCCUGAGUCAAUACUUGUAGAAUCACAUUUGGCAGUGAUUACAGCUACAGUGAGGGAAAAAAGUAUUUGAUCCCCUGCUGAUUUUGUGUGUUUGCCCACUGACAAAGACAUGAUCAGUCUAUAAUUUUAAUGGUAGGUUUAUUUGAACAGUGAGAGACAGAAUAACAACAACAAAAUCCAGAAAAAUGCAUGUCAAAAAUGUUAUAAAUUGAUUUGCAUUUUAAUGAGGGAAAUAAGUAUUUGACCCCUCUGCAAAACAUGACUUAGUACUUGGUGGCAAAACCCUUGUUGGCAAUCAGAGGUCAGACGUUUCUUGUAGUUGGCCACCAGGUUUGCACACAUCUCAGGAGGGAUUUUGUCCCACUCCUCUUUGCAGAUCUUCUCCAAGUCAUUAAGGUUUCGAGGCUGCCGUUUGACAACUCGGACUUUCAGCUCUCUGCACAGAUUUUCUAUGGGAUUAAGGUCUGGAGACUGGCUAGGCCACUCCAGGACCUUAAUGUGCUUCUUCUUGAGCCACUCCUUUGUUGCCUUGGCCAUGUUUUGAGUCAUUGUCAUGCUGGAAUACCCAUCCACGACCCAUUUUCAAUGCCCUGGCUGAGGGAAGGAGGUUCUCACCCAAGAUUUGACGGUACAUGCCCCCGUCCAUCGUCCAUGUUUGACGUGGGGAUGGUGUUCUUGGGGUCAUAGGUAGCAUUCCUCCUCCUCCAAACACGGCGAGUUGAGUUGAUGCCAAAGAGCUCCAUUUUGGUCUCAUCUGACCACAACACUUUUACCCAGUUCUCCUCUGAAUCAUUCAGAUGUUCAUUGGCAAACUUCAGACGGGCCUGUAUAUGUGCUUUCUUGAUCAGGGGGGACCUUGCGGGCGCUGCAGGAUUUCAGUCCUUCACGGCGUAGUGUGUUACCAAUUGUUUUCUUGGUGACUAUGGUCCCAGCUACCUUGAGAUCAUUGACAAGAUCCUCCCGUGUAGUUUUGGGCUGAUUCCUCACCGUUCUCAUGAUCAUUGCAACUCCACGAGGUGAGAUCUUGCAUGGAGCCCCAGGCCGAGGGAGAUUGACAGUUAUUUGUGUUUCUUCCAUUUGCGAAUAAUCGCACCAACUGUUGUCACCUUCUCACCAAGCUGCUUGGCGAUGGUCUUGUAACCCAUUCCAGCCUUGUGUAGGUCUAUAAUCUUGUCCUUGACAUCCUUGGAGAGCUCUUUGGUCUUGGCCAUGGUGGAGAGUUUGGAAUCUGAUUGAUUGAUUGCUUCUGUGGACAGGUGUCUUUUAUACAGGUAUCAAGCUGAGAUUGGGAGCACUCCCUUGAAGAGUGUGCUACUAGUCUCAGCUCGUUACCUGUAUAAAAGACACCUGGGAGCCAGAAAUCUUUCUGAUUGACAGGGGGUCAAAUACGUAUUUCCCUCAUUAAAAUGCAAAUCAAUUUAUAACAUUUUUGACAUGCAUUUUUCUGGAUUUUUGUUGUUGUUAUUCUGUCUCUCACUGUUCAAAUAAACCUACCAUUAAAAUUAUAGACUGAUCAUUUCUUUGUCAGUGGGCAAACGUACAAAAUCAGCAGGGGAUCAAAUACUUUUUUCCCUCACUGUAUGAGUCUUUAUGUGUAUGUCUAAGAGCUUUCCAUCCUGGACAUUUGCCCAUUUCUUUAUUCUUUUCAAAGUUAUUCAAGCUCUGUCAAAUUGGUUGUUGAUCAUUGCUAGACAACCAUUUUCAGGUAUUGCCAUAGAUUUUCAAUUACAUUUAAGUCAAUACUCGAAGUUGGCCACUCAGAAACAUUCACGGUCUUCUUCGUAAACAACUCCGGUGUAGAUUUGGCUUUGUCUCUGUGUAAAGCAGACUAAAGCAGGUUUUCCUCUAGGAUUUUGCCUGUGGAUAGCUCCAUCCUGUUUCUUUUCAGCCUGCCGAUGUCAAGCGUACCCAUACCAUGAUGCAGCCACCACCAUGCUUGAAAAUAAGGAGGCAGUUACUCAGUGAUGUGUUGGAUUUUCAUUCAAAAUCAUGUCAACCCCUAUUAUUUCACACACAGUGUGAGUCCAUAUAUCUUAUUAUGUGAUUUGUUAAACCCAAUUUUACUUUAGAAUGAAUUUAGACUUUCCUAAACAAAGGUUGUGAAUGUUCAUGCAAUGACUAUAUUUUAGUUAUAAUUGGUAAACAUUUGUAGAAUUUUCUUUUCACUUUGACAUUAUGGAGUAUUAUGUGUAGCUCAAUGACAAAAAAUUACAAUUAAAUCUAUUUCAAUCCCACUUUGUAACGCAACAAAAUGUGAAAAAAGUUCAAGGGGGAGUAGACUUUCUAUAGGCACUGUACAGUAUAUAAAAAGGAUCAAUCACGUUUUUGACUGCACUGGGCCUUUUUAAAUAUGAUUUUCGUUUGAGUUAGCGCUAUAAACAUAGCUUUGAUAAAUCAGCAAUAGUCUGGUUUAGGCUACUACAAACACAGUUCCAUCUAUGUAUUGUUCACAGGUUUGAGCGUUAGGUGCACUGGGCACACAGCCUCAACUCCGUCAACUCAUUCUUCAUAAAUACCUAGGGCUCUGUGGGAUAUGGGGCGUCGUCUGUGCUGUGGGUAUUUCAGCCCAUCUGUCGGAGCAGCUGGAUUCACACAGACAGCCAUACGCCCGGCUGACUCUAGAUACUACAACUAGGAGUGUUGAUUACUUUCUCUGAGCUCAUCCCCAAUGAUCUCAUACUGACCUCAUCUCGUAUAUAUCACACUGUCCAAUGUCCCUCCUCUAUGUUAUAGCCCCACUGUCCUGGGAUAUAAAACACAGAUGCUUGAUGUUUCUAUGGUACUUAUUUCCCCAUCUACUCCCUCAUGGACUGUUGGACUAUGUAUGACUGUCAUAAUGACAUUGUCUGUCAGGUCCCGUGUAGCUCAGUUGGUAGAGCAUGGCGCUUGCAACGCCAGGGUUGUGGGUUCGUUUCCCACGGGGGGCCAGUAUGAAAAAUGUAUGCACUGUAAGUCGCUCUGGAUAAGAGCGUCUGCUAAAUGACUAAAAUGUAAAUCUCAAAUAGUGCGUGGGAGGGCGUUUUUUGUGAUUGAGACUAGACAUUGUUUUUCUUAUAAUUACGUUAGGUGCACUUGAUUUUGCUUGCCUGGUGCGCCAGGUGGGUGGGUUUGCACUUUUGGGACUAUUCCAUUGAUCCCAUUGCACCGGAGAGAACUUAAUCGAACGCACCUGAUGUGUUUAAAAGAAAACAGAUACUGUUUUGAGUGACCCAGAUCUGAUGGAGAGUGGAGACACAAUGUCUGCAAUGUCAACUAACUUUCCUUUUUGUGUGGGUUUGUGCUUCAGAGACCUUGCAAAAAAGGAUCGCAACGGAGCGUCGGACCCGUUUGUCAGAGUACGAUACAACGGCAAAACCCACGAAAGUGCGGUAAGCCAAGGACCUGCCCACACCCAUGGUCCUUACAUGAAGAUAUUUAAUCAUUUAAUACAUUCAUUGGAAAAACCUUUUGAAACAGCCCUUUUGAUUUGUGAAUUGAAUAUAGGAACCUGGGAAUGGAUGUCUCUGUGGUUUCAGGUGGUCAAGAAGUCCUGUUACCCACGCUGGAAUGAGAGCUUUGAGUUUGAGCUGGACGAUGCCCCCCUGGACACCCCUCUGAGUGUCGAGGUGUGGGACUGGGACUUGGUCAGCAAGAAUGACUUCCUGGGCAAGGUGAGGAGUCCUGUUGGGGUAACUUUCCCAAAAUUCUGGUAACUUUCCAAAUAUUCCCAGGUUUCCCAGAAAUCCUGGUUGGAAGAUUCCCUGAAUCAGAAAGGAAUAAGCAGGAAAACCUUAGGAAGGUUACUGGAAUUUUGUAGUCCUAGUCCCAAGUCUGAAUAACAGUGGUGUGAGAGGCACUCACGUUGUAAUAUAGGUGGUUUGGUCGUGUAACCUUAACGCAAGUCGGCAGGUCUUAGUCAUCUCCCUAAGCUAAUACCUAGGCUUUAACUCAGUAGGCAUAUUUUGUAAGGUAUGAUAUUAUGUUGUGCAGGAGACCUGGGGUUUGAAGCCCGGUCAGUCACACAAUAUUAACGUGGGCACCCCUAUAAGUGUUAUAAAUAUGAAUGUUGAAUGGAUAAUUGGAACCCUGGUUAUGUCCAUAUUUUAAAAAGAGUCUCAGAGUAGCAGUGCUGAGUUUAGCCUGUUGGAUAAUAAUUAAUACGAUUAUUAUGGACGGGGGGGACCUGAUCCUAGAUCAGCACUCUUACUCUGAGACGCUUGAUAAAUACAGGCCCUGUUCUGUAGACGUCAGAUUCAGACACACUGGAUCACAACAUGAUAAACACUACUCUCCAUUUACAUUGAAUACAAUUAGUUUACGACGUAUUGUAAUUCCCAAAUCAAAUGUGUUGAUGUUUAUUCUCCUCUGUUCUGUUCAGGUUCUGUUCAACAUCCACAGGCUGCAGUCAGCCCACCAGGAGGAGGGCUGGUUUCGCCUGGUCCCUGAUAAGCCCAAACAUAGUCAGCAUGAGUGAGUAUCAAUGGGUUGCCACCAUUAUUAUAAAUGCAAACAAGUUUUUUGCACCAAGGAAACAACCGUUAGCUGACAAUAUAGAAAUGGCUUGAAGUGACAUGCAAGCUCCUCAAUAUCCAAGUUAGUUUUUUUGUGUUUUUCUAUACCCACAUGGCAGUCAUAGACAUUGAAAUCCAUUAUUAUUGGUAUUGGCCAAUGUCAAUAAAUAAGUAAUGAAACACAAUAGGUAAAGAAGAAUGACGUGUGUAGUAUCCUCAGAGUAUUGGUGUAUCCUCAAAGAGUAGUGUUGUAAAUUAGGUGGCGGAAGCAGGCUCAGGUAAUUUGUUUUGUAUCUCACAGUCCAAAGGGGUACACUAAGAUGGAAGCUAGAUCUACUCAGGGUUUUCUGAAGCUAGCCAGCUUCAGUUAGCUUUUUAUGUAUAUGAGAGUGUAGUGUGUGUGUCUGUCUGUGUCUGUGUGCGUGUGUAUUAGUGCGCGUGCAUAUGUACGCAUGUGUGUACGUGCAUGUAUGUGCGAGCGUGUGGGUGGGUGCAUCUGUUCUGGUCCAUGUGCCGACAGGAAGUGCUAAUCCUUUUCCCGGGCUAAAUCCCUGGUUUAUUUCUCCUCCAUAAAGGAUAAUUUGGCCAUGUGGACUCUGGGCAGGGAUUAGAGAUAGAUGGAGAGGGAGGGAAACGGUGAGGAGAGGAGGAGUGGGGCUUAUGUAAAAGGAAGAGGGCUCUAGCAGGAUAUGCAUCCUUUUUGGACAGGAGGGGACAAAAGCAGUAUGCCCCCACGGGAACCCAGAUUAGUGCCAGAAACAAGGGCAAUGUAGGGCGAUUGGGCCAGCUACAUGGCUCGCUGGCACUGGCGGGCAUUGGAUGUUGUUCUCUCAGCUGGUGGCUGGUAUUGAGGGACAAGAAGAACCUCCAUUAACCUCUGAAUGUGAUCAUGGUUGGGGAGGAUUUGAGAGGGCAUGCUCUUCCUGGUUGGUGCAGUACAUAGCCAUAGAAAGAUAAUCCUAAUGGGUGAAUGCCAUAAUGGGUGAACUGGCGGUCAUUUUGAGUGUACCCAUAGGACUAAAGUUCUAUUUCUAUGGACAUCACACUGCUUUAGGUCAUGUUGUGCAGCCAUUCAUAAAGCCGUCGUCGUGAAUGCAAUAAAGAAUGACGUGAUGUAUAACUAACGUCAUGUCAUCAUGCUUCUCCAUAAGCGUCUUUAAUCAUCAUUACCAGCUUACAAGCAUACAGCUUAUGAUCUGGCCCUAAUGUGUUUGUAAGCAAAUGCUAAUUGUUAUGCAUGUAAGUACUUCAUAAAUGGUUGUAUUAUAGACCAGUGCAUGACUGGUGGGGGUGCUGAUCGUGAUCAUGACUGGUGGGGGUGCUGAUCGUGAUCAUGACUGGUGGGGGUGCUGAUCGUGAUCAUGACUGGUGGUGGUGCUGAUCGUGAUCAUGACUGGUGGGGGUGCUGAUCGUGAUCAUGACUGGUGGUGGUGCUGAUCGUGAUCAUGACUGGUGGUGGUGCUGAUCGUGAUCAUGACUGGUGGUGGUGCUGAUCGUGAUCUUGACUGGUGGUGGUGCUGAUCGUGGGUGCUGCUUUUCAUUCUCACCGUUUACUUGAUGUUUCCCAUUAAUAAAGGGAAAUCCAAAAUAUUGGGCUCUCUACCCUAACCAGUUAGGGGCUUUCACUGGAGGAAGAUUGGUUGAGACUGUAGAAACCUGCGGACAUAACUACCAAAUAAGGACCUGAGGUGACCAGAUGCACUACAGUGAGGGAAAAAUGUAUUUGAUCCCCUGCUGAUUUUGUACGUUUGCCCACUGACAAAGACAUGAUCAAUCUAUAAUUUUAAUGGUAUGUUUAUUUGAACAGUGAAAGACAGAAUAACAACAACAAAAUCCAGAAAAACGCAUGUGAAAAAUGUUAUAAAUUGAUUUGCAUUUUAAUGAGGGAAAUAAGUAUUUGACCCCUCUGCAAAACAUGAUUUAGUACUUGGUGGCAAAACCCUUGUUGGCAAUCACAGAGGUCAGACGUUUCUUGUAGUUGGCCACCAGGUUUGCACACAUCUCAGGAGGGAUUUUGUCCCACUCCUCUUUGCAGAUCUUCUCCAAGUCAUUAAGGUUUCGAGCCUGACGUUUGGCAACUCGAACCUUCAGCUCCCUCCACAGAUUUUCUAUGGGAUUAAGGUCUGGAGACUGGCUAGGCCACUCCAGGACCUUAAUGUGCUUAUUUUUGAGCCACUCCUUUGUUGCCUUGGCCAUGUGUUUUGGAUCAUUUUCAUGCUGGAAUACCCAUCCACGACCCAUUUUCAAUGCCCUGGCUGAGGGAAGGAGGUUCUCACCCAAGAUUUGACGUCCAUCGUCCCUUUGAUGCGGUGAAGUUGUCCUGUCCCCUUAGCAGAAAAACACCCCCAAAGCAUAAUGUUUCCACCUCCAUGUUUGACGGUGGGGAUGGUGUUCUUGGGGUCAUAGGCAGUAUUCCUCCUCCUCCAAACACGGUGAGUUGAGUUGAUGCCAAAGAGCUCCAUUUUGGUCUCAUCUCACCACAACACUUUCACCCAGUUCUCCUUUGAAUCAUUCAGAUGUUCAUUGGCAAACUUCAGACGGGCAUGUAUAUGCGCUUUCUUGAGCAGGGGGACCUUGCGGGCGCUGCAGGAUUUCAGUCCUUCACGGCGUAGUGUGUUACCAAUUGUUUUCUUGGUGACUAUGGUCCCAGCUGCCUUGAGAUCAUUGACAAGAUCCUCCCGUGUAGUUCUGGGCUGAUUCCUCACCGUUCUCAUGAUCAUUGCAACUCCAUGAGGUGAGAUCUUGCAUGGAGCCCCAGGCCGAGGGAGAUUGACAGUUAUUUUGUGUUUCUUCCAUUUGCGAAUAAUCGCACCAACUGUUGUCACCUUCUCACCAAGCUGCUUGGCGAUGGUCUUGUAGCCCAUUCCAGCCUUGUGUAGGUCUACAAUCUUGUCCCUGACAUCCUUGGAGAGCUCUUUGGUCUUGGACAUGGUGGAGAGUUUGGAAUCUGAUUGAUUGAUUGAUUGCUUCUGUGGACAGGUGUCUUUUAUACAGGUAACAAACUGAGAUUAGGAGCACUCCCUUUAAGAGUGUGCUCCUAAUCUCAGCUCGUUACCUGUAUAAAAGACACCUGGGAGCCAGAAAUCUUUCUGAUUGAGAGGGGGUCAAAUACUUAUUUCCCUCAUUCAAAUCAAAAUCAAUUUAUAACAUUUUUUACAUGCGUUUUUCUGGAUUUUUUUGUUGUUAUUCUGUCUCUCACUGUUCAAAUAAACCUACCAGUAAAAUUAUAGACUGAUCAUUUCUUUGUCAGUGGGCAAACGUACAAAAUCAGCAGGGGAUCAAAUACUUUUUUCCCUCACUGUAUUAGUCACAGGGACCAUAGGUCAGUGUAUAAUAUAUUUAGUGCUGCAUACGUCAGGAAGUGGUUGUAAUUGUAAGAUUAUAAAGCCAAACCUCUUACUGUACAGUAUGAACAUAGUGGAUGCAUGCCAAAUGGCACCCAAUUCCCUUUAUAGUACAGUACUUUUGUGGGAAUAGGUUGGCAUUUAUGAUGCAGACAGUGAUUUAACCACCAUCUCUUCUCCUCCAAUUAAUCAGUAUGACCCCACCAACUUAAUGUUUCCCGAAUGGCCUCAUUCUAAUGUCUGCUGUCCUUUUUAAAAUUGUUAUACUAAUAUUCUAUUUUGGAUUCUAUUUAUCAAAUUGGUUCUCGAAAGUAGUACAGUUGAAUCUGUAGCGAUGAUGUAAUGGCAAGUACAAAAGGAAAAUAAAUUAUUUAAAAACAUUCUGGGGAUAUUGAAUUAGGUUUUGAUAUGAGAAAAUCCUACAUUUCCCUCUCAGGCGAUGCGUAACAUUGUUUUGGCCGGUCACGAUUAUUGAUGGACAUCUGUCUGUCACUGCUCUGUCUCACUUUCUAUUUUCAUAACCGGGAAAGAAGGGAGGGCUGUUUAAAAUGUCACGCCAAUCCCAAACAAAGGAUUAUUUAGCGGUGUCUGUGCUGCUCUCCAAGUAAUAACUCUAACAAGAUUUACCUCCAUAUUCAUGAUGUCACCCUUAGUUAUGAAAUCAUAACAAUUUAAAUCAAAUGCCAUGACGAGUACUGGUACUGUUGAAAUGUCAAACCGUGGUUACACUAUAUAAUAAUGUUCAUGAAUAAGCCAUUACAUUCUUAUAAUGGGCUCCCGAGUGGCGCAGCGGUCUAAGGCACUGCAUCUCAGUGCUUAAGGCGUCACUACAGACCCCCUGGUUCGAUUCCAGGCUGUAUCACAACCGGCCAUGAUUGGGAGUCCCAUAGGGCGACGCACAGCGUCGUCCGGGUUUGGCCAGUGUAGGCCGUCAUUGUAAAUAAGAAUUUGUUCUUAACUGACUUGCCUAGUUAAAUAAAGGUAAAAUAAAAAAGAAAAAUACAUGAUACAUGUUUAAAAUGCUUUUUUUACAGAUAAUACAAUAUUCAUAAACUAUUAAUAAAUAGUUUAUUAAUGCUUAGUCAUGAAAGUUAUUAUCUAUUUUUUAUUUUGGGCAGUGUCGGCAUGGCAACCUAUUGAAAGUCGGUUUUCAUCAGACGACUUUGAUCAACUCUGUGGUAAAAUUCUCAGAUUAAGCCCACGUAAUCCUUGUCUUCUCAAAUGAUCCUCUUUCUUCCCACUCUUUUCAGCCAGUCAAGCUGUUGUUGUUGUUUAUAUUGUCUCUUUAAAAAAAAAUAUCCUGCCUCUGCCCUUCCUCUUGAUUAGAUUUCUGACAGGCGGUUGCCAUCUGGGGCCUGCAAUCUUGUUGACUAGUCGUGUGUGUGGCUUGUGCCAGGAAAUGACGAGUGUCAAGUCCGGAUCACUCAUCCAAUCCUUUAAGUGCCAGCUCCUCAGUAGAGGGUUGUGAAUCCUCCAACCAGGAUUUCUGGAAAACUUGGGAAUUUUGGGAAUGUUACUGGAAUUUUGAAACCCUAAUGCAGUGCUGUGUGGGCCUGUGGAUGACUUUAAAUGGUUGAGCUGCAAAAAAGCAUUUGUGGCCUUUAGGAUCUUGACUUCUUACCACUUUGUACUACUCCCUCAGCUUCACCAAGCACCCUAGCUCCAAUAAAAUGAACUUGGUUCUACUCACAAUGCUAGUAAGACUGUCAUUUUUGUUCCAAAUGGCUUGAUGAGUAACUUUCCCUAAUAUAACUGCAUUCCACAGUCUGGGCCAUUCUUACCACUUUAUUGGAAAAGUGUUACUCAGAUCUUUUUUUCCACACCUCUUUUGGACACACACAAAGGUUGACUGUGUAUUGUCGUGCUGUAUGGGUACAUUACAUGGUGUCCGACUGUCUGUAACGUACCAAUAUAGUAGGGUGUGUUCAAAACAUUGUCUGACUGUCUGUUUUUAACACACCAAAGAUACUUUAAAUUUUUUAUUUGUUUUAUGCAUUGGUACUGGCUGGGUAUACUGGUUCCCUUAAUGUGUUUUUGUCAUAGGCAAGAUUCUCUUUUCUGCAAAGGUUUGCCCCAAAAAUGUUUUACUUUGUUUUUAUAUGACUUCCUGUUAUGUUCUUCUUCUCUAUUCUGCUCCAGGGGCACUCUGGGAUCUCUGCGCCUGCAGCUGCGCCUCCGAGAUGAGACGGUCCUGCCCUCCGGCCACUACCAACCACUUACAGAGCUGCUGUGCCAAUCCGUGGGCCCCCAUCUUAAUGUGAGCACCAAGUCAAUGCCACUCCUCAGUCUCUCAAGUGUCGCCUGGGUUGCGUAAAUUCAGGGGUAAACAGCUCCGGUCCUCGAGGGCCACGGGCCAUGUAUGCUGGUUUUCAACCUUUGCGUUUUAACCAGAAACUGAAUGAACAGUUUUUCAAAGCUAUUGUAAGUACAUGAAAUAAUAUGCUUGGUCUUAAUCCUGAUUAAUGAAUCCUAUAUUGUGUUGAUUUGCUGCAUGGUAUGUGGCACAAUAAAAUAUGCCUCUUAGCAGAUGCUUUAAUCCAGAGCAAUUUACAGUAAAGAGUUCAUUUUUAGUAGGUGUGACCUCUGCGGGAAAUGAACCCACAACCUUGGUGUUGCCAGAGCCGUGCUCUUACCACCUGAGUCACACAGGACCACAAGCGCUUGUGAUGAUAAAUCUUGGCUUGGUUUCAUAGGGCAACUGGCCAGAUUUGAUCAUGCUCAUCGAUGAGACCACUACAGCAGAGAGUCGACAGGAAGUGGCCUCCAACCUGGUGAAGCUCUUCCUGGGUCAGGGACUGGCCAAGGAGUUCCUGGAUGUUCUCUUCAAGCUGGAGUUGGACAAGACUAGUAAGUCAGACUUCACACACCUAAACUGGAGUUGGACAAGUUGGACAAGACUCAUGUUCACCACAGCCCAAUGUUGUGGAAUGUUUAGAUUUAAAUAUAUUAUGUUAAAUGGACAUGCCUCUCUGACAUUUACACUAAGGAAUCAUAUCAGCUCUAUUUGUAACAUUUCGAUCUGCAACAUUAGUGAAUGAUUGUUAUCCAAUGUUAUAGACUGGGUGGUUCGAACCCUGAAUGCUGAUUUGGCUGAAAGCCAUGGUAUAUCAGACAGUAUACCACAGGUAUGACAAAACAUUUAUUUGUACUGCUCUAAUUACAUUGGUAACCAAUUUAAUAGCAAUAAGGCACCUCAGGGUUUGUGGUAUAUUGUCUAUACCAGGCAAAAUCUGGCAUGAUCAGCUCAUUGUUGAUUGUUGCUGAGCUGAUGAGACAGUGGAUUGCGCAGUCAGAUGGAACAGAGUAAAUAGGCAGUUCAACGUCAUAAAUUUAGCUGCUGGUAACUUGUGGAAUACACACCGGCUGGAAUGCGGUUUUAACCAAUCAGCAUACAGGAUUAGACCCAGCCGUUGUAUAAUUCCCUAUAAAGCACAGUAUAAUUGCACGGUAUAAUUCAAUGGCUAUGAAGUUCAUUCUUACAUGUUCUAUUUUUGAGCUGCUUUUGAAAGCAAAAGUCGAAUUGAAAACAUUAUUGGCAUUGUUGAAUUCGAUUUUCAUAAAAGGAAGGUAGGAGGAUGAUUUGGUUAGCUAAGCUAGCAAGUCUGUUUGUUUGGUUACCAGGGCAACUACUGUAGCUAGCUAGCUAGUAAACUUGAAAUGUGUCAACAUCCACUGAAGUAGCUAGUACACUUGCUAGCUACUUCAGUGGAUGUUGUCAUAUUUCUACUGGCAAAUGAAUACAUUUCUAGCAGAAAAUGUUAAUUUAUAGCCAUGUUAUAAAAGGGAUAAUCAACUCAGGGCUCUAUGCGUUGUGCACUAUUUUCCAGAGUACGCAUAGCCACCCGUUGAUUAUCCCUUACUUAUACUGAACAAAAAUAGAAACGCAGCAUGUAAAGUGUUGGUCCCAUGUUUCAUGAGCUGAAAUAAAAGAUCGCAGAAAUGUUCCAUAUGCACAAAAAGCGUAUUUCUCUCAAAUUUGUUUACAUCCUUGUUAGUGAACAUUUCUCCUUUGCCAAGCUAAUCCAUCUACCUGACAGGUGUGGCAUAUCAAGAAGCUGAUUAAACAGCAUGAUGGGUACACAGGUGCGACUUGUGCUGGGAACAAUAAAAGGCCACUUUAAAAUGUGCAGUUUUGUCACACAACACAAUGCCACAGAUAUCUCAAGUUUUGACGGAGCGUGCAAUUGGCAUGCUGACUGCAGGAAUGUCCACCAGAGCUGUUGCCAAAGAAUUGAAUGUUCAUUUCUCGACCAUAAGCCGCCUCCAACAUUGUUUUAGAGAAUUUGGCAGUACAUCCAACUGGCCUCACAACCGCAGACCACGUGUAUCCACGCCAGCCCAGGACCUCCACAUCCGGCUUCUUCACCUGCGGAAUUGUCUGAGACCAGCCACCCGGACAGCUGAUGAAUUUCUUCACAAACUGUCAGAAACCGUCUCGGGAAGCUCAUCUGCGUGCUCGUCGUCCUCACCAGGGUCUUGACCUGACUGCAGUUUGACGUCGUUCCCGACUUCACUGGGAAAAUGCUCACCUUAGAUAGCCACUGGCAUGCUGGAGAAGUGUGCUCUUCACGGAUGAAUCCCAGAUUCACCUGUACCGGGCAGAUGGCAGAUAGCGUGUAUGGCGUCGUGUGGGCGAGCGGUUUGCUGAUGUCAAUGUUGUGAACAGAGUGCCCCAUGGUGGCGGUGGGGUAUGAGGCAAAUGAUCAACUCUAUGUGAAGGAGAUGUGUCGCUCUGAAUGAGGCAAAUGAUGGUCACACCAGAUACUGGCUGGUUUUCUGAUCCAUGCUCCUACCUUUUUAAGGUGUCUGUGACUAACAGAUGCAUAUAUGUAUUCCCAGUCAUAUGAAAUCCAUGUAUUUGGGCCUAAUUAAUUUAUUUCAAUUGAUUUUCUUAUGUGAACUGUAACUCAGUCAAAUAUUUGAAAUUGUUGCAUGUUGCGUUUUAUAUUUUUGUUCAGUGUAGUUGCACUCUUUAACGUUUAGUGGUUGAUCAUCUGUAGUAAAAUGAUAAUAGCACUUUAUAUUUAUGGACUUCCUUAUUUCAUUGCUGGCUGUUGUCGUUGAUCUCUUUCCUCAGGUGAACCCAACACCUUGUUUCGCAGCAACUCCUUGGCUUCGAAGUCCAUGGAGUCAUUUUUAAAGGUAAACCCUAUUUCCGGCAACAGGUGUGUGUGUGUAUGUGUGUGUGUGUGUGUGUGUGUGUGUGACACACCUACUCAUUCAAGGGUUUUUCUUAAUUUUUACUAUUUUCUACAAUAAUAGUGAAGACAUCAACACUAUGAAAUAACACAUAUGGAAUCAUGUAGUAACUAAAAAAGUGUUAAACAAAUCAAAAUAUAUUUGAGAUUUGAGAUUCUUCAAAUAGCCACCCUUUGCCUUGAUGACAGCUUUGCACAUUCUUGGCAUUCUCUCAACCAGCUUCACCUGGAAUGAUUUUCCAACAGUCUUGAAGGAGUUCCCACAUAUGCUGAGCACUUGUUGGCUGCUUUUCCUUCACUUGGCGGUCCGACUCAUCCCAAACCAUCUCAAUUGGAUUGAGGUCGGGGGAUUGUGGAUGAUACUAAGCCCAAACCAGACGGGAUGGCGUAUCGCUGCAGAAUGCUGUGGUAGCCAUGCUGGGUAAGUGUGCCUUGAAUUCUAAAUGAAUCACAGACCGUGUCACCAGCAAAGCACCCCCACACCAUAACACCUCCUCCUCCAUGCUUUACAGUGGGAACUACACAUGCGGAGAUCAUCCGUUCACCCACACCGCGUCUCACAAAGACACAGCGGUUUGAACCAAAAAUCUCUAAUUUGGACUCCAGACCAAAGGACACAUUUCCACCGGUCUAAUGUCCAUUGCUCGUGUUUCUUGGCCCAAGCAGGUCUCCUCUUCUUAUUGGUGUCCUUUAGUAGUGGUUUCUUUGCAGCAAUUCGACCAUGAAGGCCUGCUUCACACAGUCCCCUCAACAGUUGAUGUUGAGAUGUGUCUGUUACUUGAACUCUGUGAAGCAUUUAUUUGGGCUGCAAUUUCUGAGGCUGGUAACUCUAAUGAACUUAUCCUCUGCAGCAGAGGUAACUCUGGGUCUUCCUUUCCUGUGGCGGUCCUCAUGAGAACCAGUUUCAUCAUAGCGCUUGAUGGUUUUUGCGACUGCACUUGAAGAAACUUUCAAAGUUCUUUAAAUGUUCCGUAUUGACUGACCUUCAUGUCUUAAAGUAAUGAUAGACUGUCUUUUCUCUUUGCUUAUUUGAGCUGUUCUUGCCAUAAUAUGGACUUGGUAUUUUACCAAAUAGGGCUGUCUUCUGUAUACCAACCCUACCUUGUCACAACACAACUGAUUGGCUCAAACGCAUUAAGAAGGAAAGAAAUUCCACAAAUUAACUUUUAAGAAGGCACACCUGUUAAUUGAAAUGCAUUCCAGGUGACUACUUCAUGCAGCUGGUAGAGAGAAUGCCAAGAGUGUGCAAAGCUGUCAUCAAGGCAAAAGGUGGCUACUUGAAGAAUCUCAAAUAUAAAAUAUAUUUUGAUUUGUUGAACACUUUUUUGGUUACUACAUGAUUCCAUAUGUGUUAUUUCAUAGUUUUGAUGUCUUCACUAUUAUUCUACAAUGUAAAAAAUUGUAAAAAUAAAGGCAAACCCUAUAUAUAUAUAUAUAUGUAUGUAUGUAUGUAUGUAUGUAUGUAUGUAUGUAUGUAUGUAUGUAUGUAUGUAUGUAUGUAUGUAUGUAUGUAUGUAUGUAUGUAUAUAUGUAUAUAUGUAUAUAUAUAUAUAUAUAUAUAUAUAUAUAUAUAUAUAUAUACUGUGUGUGUAUAUAGUGUGUGUGUGUAUGGAAGGAUAUCCAUUUUACUAUGAUUUUAAUUCAUUAUAAGCCAUGUUUUCAUUGAAAACUGGAGCAUUGGACAGAUACUUAAAAUGUUUUCCCACAAAUACUGUAGCAUGGCGGCCAUUUUGCCAUCUGACUACCACAGGUGGCAGGCAUGCAGUAUCUGCACAGGCUUCUGGGCCCCUUGAUCAACAGGAUCUUUGAAGAGAAAAAGUAUGUGGAGCUGGACCCUAACAAAGUGGAGUUGAAGGAGGCUGGGUAAGAACAUAUUUCAAGAUGAGAUGUAGGCAGAAUCUACCUCCCACCCAGUGUUGAUUAAUGAAGGUGCUGGAGGCAAAAGGCAACUGGAGAAAUAGGAAAAAGUCCCUACACUUCCAGUCAAAUACACAUUCAUUAAUAGUAGCUGACCUUUCAGUCAUUCGAUGCUCUGAUGAAGGUCCACUGACCGAAAAGCUCAGGUAAAAUUAAAAAAAUGUGCCUUGAUUGGAAGUGUGCGGAGUCUUUUUCCUAUUUUUCACAAGAUAAUAUGCAUCUUAAUUUUCAUACUUAGCCACACAUGCUACAUCUAAUUAUUCCGUCUCUUACUGUUUCUGACUUGGUAGAUGACUUGUAUGUCAAUCUUUGUGUGCCUGUUUGUGUGUGCCUGCCCAUGUCUAUGUCUGCAUCUGCGUACGUGUGUGUGUGUUUGUGUGAGUGUGUAGGUGUACGGGCCUCCACCGGGUGCACACUGAGGCUGAGGUGAUCCAGCAGAGCACCAGCCUCCUGCAGUCCUACCUUUCUGAGUUGCUCCAUGCGAUUAACCAGUCAGCCUCCUACUGCCCCGUUGCACUCUGCCAGGCCUUCCAACAGCUCUACCAGUGCGUCAACAAGCGCUUUCCUGAGCCUGAGUAUAGGGUUAGUACAACAGCAGUGUUUCCCCUACCAUUGUAUAGUUCGGGGCCUACACUUCCGUUCAAAAGUUUGGGGUCACUUAGAAAUGUCCUUGUUUUCGAAAGAAAACCUAUUUUUUGGUCCGUUAAAAUAACAUCAAAUUGAUCAGAAAUACAGUGUAGACAUUGUUAAUGUUGUAAAUGGUUAUUGUAGCUGGAAAUUGCUGAUUUUUAAUGGAAUAUCUACAUAGGCGUACAGAGGCCCAUUAUCAGAAACCAUCAGUCCUGUGUUCCAAUGGCACGUUGUGUUUGCUAAUCCAAGUUUAUCAUUUAAAAAGGCUAAUUGAUCAUUAGAAAACCCUUUUGCAAUUAUGUUAGCACAGCUGGAAACUGUUGUGCUGAUUUAAAGAAGCAAUAAAACUGGCCUUCUUGAGAAUAGUUGAGUAUCUUGAGCAUCAGCAAUUGUGGGUUCGAUUACAGGCUCAAAAUGGCCAGAAACAAAUAACUUUCUUCUUAAACUCAUCAGUCUAUUCUUGUUCUGAGAAAUGAAGGCUAAUCCAUGCGAGAAAUUGCCAAGAAACUGAAGAUCUCGUACAACGCUGUGUACUACUCCCUUCACAGAACAGCGCAAACUGGCUCUAACCAGAAUAGAAAGAGUGGGAGGCCCUUGUGCACAACUGAGCAAGAGGACAAAUACAUUAGUGUCUAGUUUGAGAAACAGAUGCCUCACAGGUCCUCAACUGGCAGCUUCAUUAAAUAGUACCUGCAAAACACCAGUCUCAACGUCAACAGGGAAGAGGCGACUCCGGGAUGCUGACCUUCUAGGCAGAGUUGCAAAGAAAAAGCCAUAUCUCAGACUGCCCAUCUUUUAUUUUUAUUGGCCAGUCUGAGAUAUGGCUUUUUCUUUGCCAUUCUGCCUAAAAGGUCCGCCUCUUCACUGUUGACGUUGAGACUGGUGUUUUGCGGGUACUAUUUAAUGAAGCUGCCGAAAACAAGGACAUUUCUAAGUGACCCCAAACUUUUGAACGGUAGAGCGUCGCCCUAUGUCCCGCUCCAAUUUCGCUCCGCUCACAACACAAGUCUGAAGCAUGCUCAAGCCUGACCCAGAAUCCAUCUGUGUCUUGCACAGUCAUCAACAGUAGACUAUUUUCAGUCAAAACCCGGCUCAAUAAUGGAGUUCACCAAGUACUUCAAAAAGGAAAAUGAGAAGUCAUACAGGUGUACUAUUAAUAUCAAACUAAUUAACAAUGAUAAUGUGGUACUAGAAAAAGAAUGUGGUGACAUCGUUUCAGUCAAUAAAGAUUCAUUUUGGAAUCUAAAAAGACACAUCUCUCAAACACGAAAGUGUGCUACGUGAACACGCUGGGAAGAAAGCAAAAGGUUAGCAAGUUGAAUACGGUAACUUGUAACAAAAGUGUAAAGUAAAUAUAGCCUAAUAUUCAAACAAAUUUGUUUUGUCAUUCAAAGUAGGCCUAAUAUAUGGUUCGUUUAAUUUAAUUUGUGUCGUCCAUGAAUUUGUAUUUUAUAGAGCGAGAGGAGCAGCAGCAGCAACAAGAGAAAAGGGUUGAGGAAUUCAAAAGUUUCUUCACUGCACGCAAAGGCCCAACCAUAACAAGGGAGAGAAAAAGAGAGCUGGAUGUAGCAUUUUUAAAAAUGAUAUACAUGGACUAUGAACCGCUGAGUAAAGGAGAACGUGAAGAGAUGCAACACUUCGCCAGCGCAGCUCAACCGGGCUACACCGUAAGGGACACGCUCAUGCCACAUGCCCUGGAAGAGAUGGAAGCCAAACUGCAAGACCUACUGCAAAAUGGUGAUGGGCUCGUUCUGUCAGCGGACAUUUGGACCAGUAGAAGAGGGCACAGCUUCCUUGGCAUCGUGGCCAGUUUCAUUGAUGGGACGUUCCGGGGGCACACGGUUUUGUUGGGCUGUGAGCACAUACAGGGGCACCAUACCGCAGAUCGUAUUUACCAAAAGUAUGAAAGUGUACUGAAAUAUUGGAACGUGCAACGACAUGUGAUUUGGGUCGUCACUGACAGUGCCAGCAACAUGAUCAAGGCGUUUAACCUCCUCCCUGGCACUGAAGAGGAGGCGGAGGGUGAAGUGACCGCGGAUGCCAGCAGCAGCGCAGAACAUGAAGAGGAGGAUGAGGGACCACCUGCGCCCUCGCAAGUCCAUGUGGAAGUGAUAACCACUAAUGUAGAAACUAUGAUAAAUCAGUACUUUACUGUGUCAAAUUUACAUCUGAGAUGCCCCAUUCACAUGCUUCAGCUGGCGAUCAAAGACGCUGUUAACGAGCACGACAACAUUAAUAGGCUGUUAGUGAAAGUCGAGCACCUGGUGAAAAGUGUACGCAAGAGCACCCUGAACACAGAGGAAACCGACCAAUUAGGUGUCCGCCCCACAAAUGCCUGCGCCACUCGAUGGAGCAGCCAGCUGCGGAUGAUUUAGUCGUUCAUCCGGUUGUUCCAAAAAGAUCCGUUAUGGCAAAACAAACUCAAGUCUAAUGUUGCUAACAUCACCCUGAAUCAAGUACGGCAGCUGACACACCUUGUCAGUGUGCUGACACCACUGGCAGACCUCACAGACAAAAUGCAGAAGGAGCUGGGGAUGAUCCUCCCUGCUGUCACAGAAAUCAGAUCCCUGCUCACCGAUGACACUCACGCUGCACUUCCAAUGGGCAUCGCUGCUUUUGCAGAAACAUUGGCAAACAACGUGUCAAUUCGCUAUGGAAUAUACUAUACUGAUAAACAUCUCAUUUUAGCAUCAGUGUUAGAUACCCGUUUCAAGACAGAAUGGAUAAUCCGAGGUGAGUCUGUAUGCAACAAACUUGGGGAGAUAAGGUAAGGCUGUGGUUUAAGCUAAAAGUGAAAUACAUGCAGAUUUUUUUCCUUUUUUGGAGUGAGCGGGGGGCGAUUUGAGUGGAGCGCGAUGCAAACUGCGUUGAGCGCUGAGCGAUAAUGAGCGGACUGGCCUGAUGUGGCUUUGAGCGGGGGCAGCGGAGGGGUGAACAGCUCCGUGAGCGAGGAGCUGAGAUUCUCACCGCUCCACUCCGCUCAUAUGCUCUGCUCUACCAACUGAGCCACACGGGACCACCACAGGCUUUACAACAAAAGUAGCCUACUUUUAUGGCAUGAAAAUGAACCGCGGGAAAAGCGCCCUCCAUUCGCUAUUUAAGAGCAUACGGAUUACCUAUUUCUUUCUCCUGCCCCUGUUCCGACAGGUACAUGAUAAUGGUCCAUUCUAAAUCAAAACUAAUUUCACACUUACUGUAUAUAUUAUUUAGUAUAUGUAAAGACAAUAUUAAAUUGAGAAUAGUCUGAUGGGUGACAGUAUUAUCACUUGUGAAUGAUGUAUUAUCAUUUGUGAAUAAUUCCCAGUGUGUGCAGUCUAAGGCAAGAAACAGUGCAUGCCUUUUUUUGGGGGACUUUUUCAAAUCAUAGUUGCACACCAUGUAGCCUAGCCCAUAGGCGUAAAGUGGGGAAAAAAGUAUUUAGUCAGCCACCAAUUGUGCAAGUUCUCCCACUUAAAAAGAUGAGAGAGGCCUGUAAUUGUCAUCAUAGGUACACGUCAACUAUGACAGACAAAAUGAGAAAAAAAAUCCAGAAAAUCACAUUGUAGGAUUUUUAAUGAAUUUAUUUGCAAAUUAUGGUGGAAAAUAAGUAUUUGGUCACCUACAAACAAGCAAGAUUUCUGGCUCUCACAGACCUGUAACUUCUUCUUUAAGAGGCUCCUCUGUCCUCCACUCGUUACCUGUAUUAAUGGCACCUGUUUGAACUUGUUAUCAGUAUAAAAGACACCUGUCCACAACCUCAAACAGUCACACUCCAAACUCCACUAUGGCCAAGACCAAAGAGCUGUCAAAGGACACCAGAAACAUAAUUGUAGACAUGCACCAGGCUGGGAAGACUGAAUCUACAAUAGGUAAGCAGCUUGGUUUGAAGAAAUCAACUGUGGGAGCAAUUAUUAGGAAAUGGAAGACAUACAAGACCACUGAUAAUCUCCCUCGAUCUGGGGCUCCACGCAAGAUCUCACCCCGUGGGGUCAAAAUGAUCACAAGAACGGUGAGCAAAAAUCCCAGAACCACACGGGGGGACCUAGUGAAUGACCUGCAGAGAGCUGGGACCAAAGUAACAAAGCCUACCAUCAGUAACACACUACGCCGCCAGGGACUCAAAUCCUGCAGUGCCAGACGUGUCCCCCUGCUUAAGCCAGUACAUGUCCAGGCCCGUCUGAAGUUUGCUAGAGUGCAUUUGAAUGAUCCAGAAGAGUAUUGGGAGAAUCUCAUAUUGUCAGAUGAAACCAAAAUAGAACUUUUUGGUAAAAACUCAACUAGUCGUGUUUGGAGGACAAAGAAUGCUGAGUUGCAUCCAAAGAACACCAUACCUACUGUGAAGCAUGGGGGUGGAAACAUCAUGCUUUGGGGCUGUUUUUCUGCAAAGGGACCAGGACGACUGAUCCGUGUAAAGGAAAGAAUGAAUGGGGCCAUGUAUCGUGAGAUUUUGAGUGAAAACCUCCUUCCAUCAGCAAGGGCAUUGAAGAUGAAACGUGGCUGGGUCUUUCAGAAUGACAAUGAUCCCAAACACACCGCCCGGGCAACGAAGGAGUGGCUUCGUAAGAAGCAUUUCAAGGGCCUGGAGUGGCCUAGCCAGUCUCCAGAUCUCAACCCCAUAGAAAAUCUUUGGAGGGAGUUGAAAGUCCAUGUUGCCCAGCGACAGCCCCAAAACAUCACUGCUCUAGAGGAGAUCUGCAUGGAGGAAUGGGCCAAAAUACCAGCAACAGUGUGUGAAAACCUUGUGAAGACUUACUGAAAACGUUUGACCUGUGUCAUUGCCAACAAAGGGUAUAUAACAAAGUAUUGAGAAACUUUUGUUAUUGACCAAAUACUUAUUUUACACCAUAAUUUGCAAAUAAAUUCAUUAAAAAUCCUACAAUGUGAUUUUCUGAAAAAAAAAUUCUCAUUUUGUCUGUCAUAGUUGACGUGUACCUAUGAUGAAAAUUACAGGCCUCUCUCAUCUAUUUAAGUGGGAGAACUUGCACAAUUGGUGGCUGACUAAAUACUUUUUUCCCCCACUGUAUAUGUUUUGAUAAGGUUUGUAUCACAACUAAAGUGGCCAAAUAACUCCAAACAUAGCCUAUAGGCCUAGGACUCCUGGAACACGGUUGGAGAGCACGUAGCCUACAGAGCCUAGUGAAACGUGUUCCUAUAAUCCCAGUCAUUGCACAAUCGCAUGUGACUUUUGACUGGCAACCAUUUAAAAGAGGAUCCCAGCUUGGUCGGGCUGCUAUAUUUAUUGCUCAAUUCUUAAAAUUAAGCACAUUAAUCCACUUUACAACAGUGUAGCCUACCUGGGAUACAUAGGCGUAGCUUGAGUUUCAAGUUUGGGGAAGCUAAUUUUCACCAUAAAAAAAGCACCUUUACAGUGAGGGAAAAAAGUAUUUGAUCCCCUGCUGAUUUUUUUACGUUUGCCCACUGACAAAGAAAUGAUCAGUCUAUAAUUUAAAUGGUAGGUUUAUUUGAACAGUGAGAGACAGAAUAACAAAAAAAAAUCCAGAAAAACGCAUGUCAAAAAUGUUAUAAAUUGAUUAGCAUUUUAAUGAGGGAAAUAAGUAUUUGACCCCCUCUCAAUCAGAAAGAUUUCUGGCUCCCAGGUGUCUUUUUAUACAGGUAACGAGCUGAGAUUAGGAGCACACUCUUAAAGGGAGUGCUCCUAAUCUCAGUUUGUUAUCUGUAUAAAAUACACCUGUCCACAGAAGCAAUCAAUCAAUCAGAUUCCAAACUCUCCACCAUGGCCAAGACCAAAGUGCUCUCCAAGGAUGUCAAGGACAAGAUUAUAGACCGACACAAGGCUGGAAUGGGCUACAAGACCAUCACCAAGCAGCUUGGUGAGAAAGUGACAACAGUUGGUGCGAUUAUUUGCAAAUGGAAGAAACACUAAAGAACUGUCAAUCUCCCUCGGCCUGGGGCUCCAUGCAAGAUCUCACCUCGUGGAGUUGCAAUGAUCAUGAGAAAGGUGAGGAAUCAGCCCAUAACUACACGGGAGGAUCUUGUCAAUGAUCUCAAGGCAGCUGGGACCAUAGUCACCAAGAAAACAAUUGGUAACACACUACGCCGUGAAGAACUGAAAUCCUGCAGCGCCCGCAAGGUCCCCCUGCUCAAGAAAGCACAUAUACAGGCCCGUCUGAAGUUUGCCAAUGAACAUCUGAGUGAUUCAGAGGAGAACUGGAUGAAAGUGUUGUGGUCAGAUGAGACCAAAAUCGAGCUCUUUGGCAUCAACUCGCUGUGUUUGGAGGAGGAGGAAUGCUGCUUAUGACCCCAAGAACACCAUCCCCACCGUCAAACAUGGAGGUGGAAACAUUAUGCUUUGGGGGUGUUUUUCUGCUAAGGGGUCAGCACAACUUCACCGCAUCAAAGGGACGAUGGACGGGGGCAUGUACCGUCAAAUCUUGGGUGAGAACCUCCUUCCCUCAGCCAGGGCAUUGAAAAUUAUAGACUGAUCAUUUCUUUGUCAGUGGGCAAACGUACAAAAUCAGCAGGGGAUCAAAUACUUUUUUCCCUCACUGUAUAAUAAAGCAUUCAAUGCAUCAUCGCAUUUGCAGACUUAUGUAAGAUAGCCUACUAUUCUUAAUGUGAUGAGUAGAUUGGAUAGUCAUAAUUUAGGCUAAUAAUAUACUGAACAAAAAUAUAAACGCAACAUGUGAAGUGUUGGUCCCAUGUUUCAUGAGCUGAAAUAAAAGAUUGCAGAAAUGUUCCAGUUGAUUUAUUUAAAAUUUUGUACGCAAAUUUGUUUACAUCCCUGUUAAUGAGCAUUUCUCCUUUGCCAAGAUAAUCCAUCCACCUGAUAGGUGUGGCAUAUCAAGAAGCUGAUUAAACAGCAUGAUCAUUACACAGGUGCACCUUGUGCUGGGGACAAUAAAUGGCCACUCUAAAAUGUGUAGUUUUAUCACACAACACAUUUACAUUACAUUUUACAUUUUAGUCAUUUAGCAGACGCUCUUAUCCAGAGCGACUUACAGGAGCAAUUAGGGUUAAGUGCCUUGCUCAAGGGCACAUUUACGUCAUUUAGCAGACGCUCUUAUCCAGAGCGACUACAAAUUGGUGCAUUCACCCUAUAGCCAGUGGGAUAACCACUUUACAAUUAUACUUUUUUUUAUUUUAUUUUUUUGGGGGGGGGGGGGGGGGGGGGGGGGGGUGUAGAAGGAUUACUUUAUCCUAUCCCAGGUGUUCCUUAAAGAGGUGGGGUUUCAAAUGUCUCCGGAAGGUGGUGAGUGACUCCGCUGUCCUGGCCUCGUGAGGGAGCUUGUUCCACCAUUGGGGUGCCAGAGCAGCGAACAGGUGCCACAGGUGUUUGAGGGAGCAUGCAAUUGGCAUGCUGACUGCAAGAAUUGAAUGUUAAUUUUUCCAACGUCGUUUUCGAGAAUUUGCCAGUACGUCCAACCGGCUUCACAACCGCAGACCACGUGUAACCACGCCAGCCCAGGACCUGCACAUCCAGCUUCUUCACCCGAGGGAUUGACCAGCCACCCGGACAGCUGAUGAAACUGAGGAGUGUUUCUGUCUGUAAUGAAGCCCUUUUAUGGGGAAAAACUCAUUAUGUUUGGAUGGGCCUGGCUCCCCAGUGGGUGGGCCUAUGCCCUCCCAGGCCAACCCAUGGCUGCGCCGCCUGCCCAGUCAUGUGAAAUCUAUAGAUUAGAGCCUAAUUUUUUUAUUUCAAUUGACUGAUUUCCUUAUAAACUGUAACUAUAUUUUAGUUCAGUAGAUAACUCAAUCACUGUUUGCAAAAAAUACUGUUCAAUGCAUGGCUGAGCGCGUAUCGCGUAGACUAGUCCUAGGCUAUAUCAGAUAUGUUCUUUCUUUGCAUGGGGAAAAUGUGGCCUUUUUAUAAACACAUUUCAUGUAGUUCUACUACACUUUAUAUGACUGCAGACAUUAUCAGAAUCUUUUUUAAUAUGACAAAUUACAGGGUAGCCUACUCUGCUGAAAUGCGUGGAAGCCAGGAGAUGCUAAAUGUGUUUAUGUUAAUUACCUGUAAAUUACAGUAAACCGGCAGUUAUUUGCAUGACAAUCACCGGUUGAUUGCCACAGCCCUAAUCCCAUCCUUAAAGGGAUUACUCAAUUUUUAAAGUGUUGGUUUAUUUUCGAUACCUAGGAUGUUGUUGUUUCAUUCAGACUGUUUUGAAGUAAGCUGGUUAUUUAGCAAUGUCCAAUGGACAACAAAGUAAAUCAAAAUUAAGCUUAAAAAGUUAACUUUAAGUUGAUCAGGUUGCUGUUAAUGAUAACUCCCCCACUCUCAGUGGAAUCACUGUUGUGUGGCCUGUGUUUGCAGAAGGUGAAGUUUAUAGCCGUGACCAGUUUCCUGUGUCUGCGCUUCAUCUCUCCGGCUAUCAUGUCCCCCAAGCUUUUCCACCUCCGGGAGAAACACGCGGACGCCCGCACCAGUCGCACACUGCUGCUACUGGCUAAGGUAGGCACAAAAUGGUGGUGCCGCACACUGCUGCUACUGGCUAAAGUAGGAACAAAAUGGUGGUGCCGCACACUGCUGCUACUGGCUAAGCUAGGCACAAAAUGGUGAGGCCGCACACUGCUACAGGCUACGGUAGGCACAAAAUUGUGGAUUUAGUUCCCAGUUGCCAUCUGUGUUAUAAAUAUACUUUUAGUGGUACAACUCUCCUUCUCCCAUCCGCCAUCCCCCUCCAGGCCAUUCAGACCAUUGGUAACCUGGACACUCUGACCUGCUGCUCCAAAGAGCCCUGGAUGGUGCCACUGCAGCCAGCCAUCCAGCUGGGCAUCACCCAGCUCAAAGACUUCAUCAGUAGACUGGUCAGCUGUGACAACUCUGAAGGUAAAUACUACAACAUACACUACAUGACCAAAAGUCAUGGGCAUUAAUAUGGAGUUGGUCCCCCCUUGCUGUUAUAACAAGCAUUUCGCUACACCCGCAAUAACAUCUGCUAAAUAUGUAUAUGUGACCAAUAAAAUGUGAUUUGAUAACAGCCUCCACUCUUCUGGGAAGGCUUUCCACUAGAUGGAACAUUGCUGCGGGGACGUGCUUCCAUUCAGCCACGAGCAUUAGUGAGGUCAGGCACUGAUGUUGGGCGAUUAGGCCUUGCUCGCAGUCGGCGUUCCAAUUCAUCCCAAAGGUGUUCGAUGGGGUUGAGGUCAGGGCUCUGUGCAGACCUGUCAAGUUCUUCCACACCGAUCUCGACAAACCAUUUCUGUAUGGACCUCGCUUUGUGCAUGGGGGCAUUGUCAUGCUGAAACAGGAAAGGGCCUUCCCCAAACUGUUGCCACAAAGUUGGAAGCACAGAAUCAUCUAAAAUGUCAUUGUAUGCUGUAGCGUUAAGAUUUCCCUUAACUGAAACUAAGGGCCCUAGCCCGAACCAUGAAAAACAGCCCCAGACCAUUAUUCCUCCACCACCAAACUUUACAGUUGGCACUAUGCAUUCGGGCAGGUAGCGUUCACCUGGCAUCCGCCAAACCCAGAUUAAUCUAUCGGACUGCCAGAUGGUGAAGCAUGAUUCUUCACUCCAGAGAACGCGUUUCCACUGCUCCAGAGUCCAAUGGCGGCGAGCUUUACACCACUCCAGCCGAUGCUUGGCAUUGCGCAUAGUGAUCUUAGGCUUGUGUGCGGCUGCUCGGCCAUGGAAACCCAUUUCAUGAAGCUUCUGACGAACAGUUCAUGUGCUAACGUUGCUUCCAGAGGCAGUUUGGAACUCGGUAGUGAGUGUUGCAACCGAGGACAGACGAUUUGUACGCGCUUCAGCCCUCUGCGGUCCCGUUCUGUGAGCUUGUGUGGCAUACCACUUUGCGGAUGAGCCGUUGUUGCUCCUAGAUGUUUCCACUUCACAAUAACAGCACUUACAGUUGACCGGGGCAGCUCUAGCAAGGCAGAAAUUUGACGAACUGACUUGUUGGAAAGGUGCCUAGAUGCCACGUUGAAAGUCACUGAGCUCUUCAGUAAGGCCGUUCUACUGCCAAUGUUUGUCUAUGGAGAUUGCAUGGCUGUGUGCUUGAUUUUAUACACCUGUCAGCAACGGGUAUGGCUGAAAUGGAUGAAUCCACUAAUUUGAAGGGAUGUCCACAUACUUUUGUAUAUAUAGUGUAUGCAAUUAAAAUGGUAAUUCAGCCUUCGCUGCUAUUGAUAACAUAGAAUGUUUCCUAGCAGAAUUGGAGUUAGCCAAUAGCUACACUACCAGUCAAAAGUUUGGACACACCUACUCAUUCAAGGGUUUUUUAUUUUUACAAUUUUUUACAUUGUAGAAUAUUAGUGAAGACAUCAAAACUAUGAAAUAACACACAUGGUAUCAUGUAGUAACCAAAAAAGUGUUAAACAAUUGAAAAUAUAUUUUAUAUUUGAGAUUCUUCAAAUAGCCACCCUUUGCCUUGAUUACAGCUUUGCACACUCUUGGCAUUCUCUCAACCAGCUUUAUGAGGUAGUCACCUGGAAUGCAUUUCAAUUAACAAAAGUUCAUUUGUGGAAUUUAUUUCCUUCUUAAUGCGUUUGAGCCAAUCAGUUGUGUUGUGACAAGGUAGGGUUAGUAUAGAUAGCCCUAUUUGGUAAAAGACCAAGUCCAUGUUAUGGCAAUAACAGCUCAAAUAAGCAAAGAGAAACGACAGUCCAUCAUUACUUUAAGACAUGAAGGUCAGUCAAUACUGACAUUUCAAGAACUUUGAAUGUUUCUUCAAGUGCAGUCGCAAAAACCAUCAAGCGCUAUGAUGACACUGGCUCUCAUGAGGACCGCCACAGGAAUGGAAGACCCAGAGUUACCUCUGCUGCAGAGGAUAAGUUCAUUAGAGUUACCAGCCUCAGAAAUUGAAGCCCAAAUAAAUGCUUCAUAGAGUUCAAGUAACAGACACAUCUCAACAUCAACUGUUCAGAGGGGACUGUGUGAAUCAGGCCUUCAUGGUCGAAUUGCUGCAAGUAAACCACUACUAAAGGACACCAAUAAUAAGAAGAGACUUGCUUGAGCCAAGAAACACGAGCAAUGGACAUUAGACCGGUGGAAAUGUGUCCUUUGGUCUGGAGUCCAAAUUUGAAAUUUUUGGUUCCAACCGCUGUGUCUUUGUGAGACGCGGUGUGGGUGAACGGAUGAUCUCUGCAUGUGUAGUUCCCACCGUAAAGCAUGGAGGAGGAGGUGUUAUGGUGUGGGGGUGCUUUGCUGGUGACACUGUCUGUGAUUGAUUUAGAAUUCAAGGCACACUUAACCAGCAUGGCUACCACAGCAUUCUGCAGCGAUACGCCAUCCCAUCUUGUUAAGGCUUAGUGGGACUAUCAUUUGUUUUUCAAUAGGACAAUGACCCAACACACCUCCAGGCUGUGUAAGGGCUAUUUUACCAAGAAGUAGAGUGAUGGAGUGCUGCAUCAGAUGACCUGGCCUCCACAAUCCCCCGACCUCAACCCAAUUGAGAUGGUUUGGGAUGAGUUGGACGGCAGAGUGAAGGAAAAGCAGCCAACAAGUGCUCAGUAUAUGUGGGAACUCCUUCAAGACUGUUGGAAAAGCAUUCCAGGUGAAGCUGGUUGAGAGAAUGCCAAGAGUGUGCAAAGCUGUCAUCAAGGCAAAGGGUGGCUAUUUGAAGAAUCUCAAAUAUAAAAUAUAUUUUGAUUUGUUUAACACUUUUUUUGGUUUCUACAUGAUUCCAUAUGUGUUAUUUCAUAGUUUUGAUGUAUUCACUAUUAUUCUACAAUGUAGAAAAUAGUAAAAAAAAAGAAAAAAAAAGUGAGUGCAUAUAUUUUCAUACUGGCCCCCCGUGGGAAUCGAACCCACAACCCUGGUGUUGCAAGCGCCAUGCUCUACCAACUGAGCUACACUGGACUACUUUUACCCUUGAAUGAGUAGGUGUGUCCAAACUUUUGACUGGUACUGUAUAUCCUUAGCAUAUUUGUAGUCCUCAAAGGGAAAACUCUACAAUAUAUCUCCAAUACUUUACAGGGUAACCACUACAACAUAUCUUCCAUGCUCUUAUAAUAUGUGGUUAGCUGUAAGCAAAUUCCCUAGCAAAAUUAAAGUUAGCCAAAUGCUAUCUUUAGCAUAUAUGUAGUCAUCAGAGGGUAAACUCAACAAGAUAUCUCCCAUGCUCUUAUAAUGUUAUUAGCUAAUUCUAUAUGGUUAGCUGGUGGUUAGAAAGAAAAUGUAUCUGACUGUCAUUUAAUGUGAACAACUUUCACUUCAGGAUUGCUUUGAAGUGUUUGCCAUGCCACUAACUGAAAUCACUGACUUGACUAAUACAAUAUACUGAACAAAAAUAUAAACGCAACAUGCAACAAUUUCAGCAAUUUUACUGAGUCACAGUUCAUAUAAGGAAAUCAGUCAGUUGAAAUAAAUUCAUUAGGCCCUAAUCUAUGGAUUUCACAUGCCUGGGCAUAGGCCCAGCCAAUUAGAAUGAGUUUUUCCCCACAAAAGGGCUUUAUUACAGACAGAAAUACUCCUCAGUUUCAUCAGCUGUCCGGGUGGCUGGUCUCAGACGAUCCCGCAGGUGAAUAAGCCGGAUGUGGAGGUCCUGGGCUGGCGUGAUUACGCGUGGUCUGUGGUUUUGAGGCUGGUUGGACGUACUGCCAAACGAUGUUGGAGUCAGCUUAUGGUAGGGCCUAAUGAGAAAUUAACAUUCAAUUAUCUGGCAACAGCUCUGGUGAACAUUCCUGCAGUCUGCAUGCCAAUUGCACGGUCCCUCAAAACUUGAGCCAUCUGUGGCAUUGUGUUGUGUGACAAAACUGCACAUUUUAGAGUGGCCUUUUGUUGUCCCCAGCACAAGGUGCACCUGUGUAAUGAUCAUGCUGUUUAAUCAGCUUGUUGAUAUACCACACCUGUCUGGUGGAUGGAUUAUCUUGGCAAAGGAGAAAUGCUCACUAACAAGGAUGUAAACAAAUGUGUGCAAAAAAUGUAAGAUAAAUAAGCUUUUUGUGCGUAUGGAAGAUGUCUGGGAUCUUUUAUUUCAGCUCAUGAAACAUGGGACCAACACUUUACGUGUUGCAUUUAUAUUUUUGUUCAGUAUAAUUCAACUAUUUUAGCUUAUCUAUGUUGAUAGUAGAGAUCAAAUCAAACAAUAUGUUACCUUUAGGGUUGCUAAGAAAUUAGCCAUGCUAGCUGUGUGUGGUUUCCUAUGGACUGACACUGCUGUGUGUUUAGGGAAGCUAAAGUAGUUAGCCAUAUAUGCUAGCUGUGAUUCCAAAUGGGCUGACUUGACUCUGCUGUGUGUUCCAGACCUGGACCUAUAGUAGAGGUUAAGUCAAACGCUACUGUUAUGUUUAGGGAUGCUAAGAUGUUAGCCAUGCUAGCUAGUUGUGAGUGAUUCCCUAUGACUUGACACUGACACUACUGUGUAUUCCAGACCUGGGCCUGCAGCAGAGGAUGAGUCUCCAGUGUGGCUCCAUGGAGAAGGAGGGCUUCAUUCUCCUACACAGGACCAAGGACAAGAGUAUACUGAUGACGUCGCCUUUUAAGAAGUACUAUGUCACCCUCAGCAAAGACACCCUGUCCUACGCCCGGACCCAGCACUCCAAGGUGGGUGCCUUAUUAGCUUGACAAGAUCACCUUUUGUAGUUAGAGUCAAUCAUUGACAUUUAUUGAUACUGUAGCCCUUUUAUUAUUUUUGUGAAGUUUAUUUUUAUUGGAUAAGUUCUGUUUCAGUCCGUUAUCUUCCUUUUGGUUAAUAAUGAACACUACGCAGGUAUUUGUUUCCAGGCAUCCAAUGGCAGCUACUACAAAGCUCUUGAGUGAAAAACGCUACAUGAAACACAAUCUCUCCCACAUCCCCUCUUGUCUUCCCACUAUCACGGAGGAAUUCAUUUUAUUACUGUUUUCAUGUCCUAUUGUCUAUUAUUUCUGUGCCUUUGUAUUGUAUGUGUCUAAAACACCACUGUAGUAUAGUCAUUCUAGCCUUUUCCCAUUUCCUGUUUGUGCUCUUGCUAACUCCAUUGCUGUCUUUGUCAAGCCAAACUAUUUAUUUGUCAUGGUUGGCAUGAACAUGAGUGACGAGGGGUUGGCAUGAUAGCACAAACAGACUGGAACUCGGGCUGUAGUAAUUCUAAGGUAAGGUGACAGAUAAAGUUAUAUUUAAUUAAAUUGUUUUCCCUGCUAUCACAGAAGAGCUUCUUCAUCUCCCUGCCCAGGAUCCGAGCGGUGGAGAAGGUAGAGGAGAAGAGCUUUGGCAGUGCCAACGUCAUGCAGAUCAUCUCCAGCCGAGACAAUGGCCAGGUGGAGACACUGUACCUGGACUGUAAGGUCAGCUUCUUCACAAGACCCCCAAAGCAGAUAACACCCUAUUUCCUAUAUAGUGCACUACAUUUGACCAGGGCCAGCAUAGGGCUCUGGUCAAAAGUAGUGCACUAUAUAGGGAAUAGAUAGUGUGCAUCUGAAAUGCCACCCUAUCAGGCACGGAAUGUUGGCGGUGCAGGUUGGGACUACCCCAGAAUGUGUAAAUGACCCUAGACAGCCAUGCAGGCCUACUGUAUUUCUGAAUCAGAAUUUUAUUUUGGUGUCACACAAGCGUUAAAAAACAUCAAUAGAUCCAAACUAUUACAGACCUAUAUCCAUCCUGCCCUGCCUUUCGAAAGUAUUUGAAAGCCAAGUUAACAAACAGAUCACCGACCAUUUCGAAUCCCACCGUACCUUCUCCGCUAUGCAAUCCGGUUUCCGAGCUGGUCAUGGGUCCACCUCAGCCACGCUCAAGAUCCUAAAGGAUAUUAUAACCGCGAUCGAUAAAAGACAGUACUGCGCAGCCGUCUUCAUCGACCUGGCCAAGGCUUUCGACUCUGUCAACCACCGCAUUCUUAUUGGCAGACUAAAUAGCCUUGGUUUCUCAAAUGACUGCCUCGCCUGGUUCACCAACUACUUCUCAGAUAGUUCAAUGUGUCAAAUCGGAGGGCCUGUUGUCUGGACCUCUGGCAGUCUCUAUGGGGGUGCCACAGGGUUCAAUUCUUGGGCCGACUCUAUUCUAUGUGUAUAUCAAUGAUAUCGCUCUUGCUGCUGGUCACGCUCGGAUCCACCUCUAUGCGGACGACACCAUUUUGUAUACAUCUGGCCCUUCAUUGGACACUGUGUUAACAAACCUCCAAACGAGCUUCAACACCAUACAACACUCCUUACGUAGCCUCCAACUGCUCUUAAACACUAGUAAAACUAAAUGUAUGCUCUUCAACCAAACGCUGCUUGCACCCGCCCACCCAACUAGAAUCACUACUCUCGGCGGGUCUGACCUAGAGUAUGUGGACAACUACAAAUACCUAAGUGUCUGGUUAGACUGUAAACUCUCCUUCCAGACUCACAUUAAGCAUCUCCAAUCAAAAGUUAGAUCUAGAAUCGGCUUCCUAUUUUGCAACAAAGCCUCCUUCACUCAUGCUGCCAAACAUGCCCUCGUAAAACGGACUAUCCUACCGAUCCUUGACUUCGGCGAUGUCAUUUACAAAAUAGCCUCCAACACUCUACUCUAAUUGGAUGUAGUCUAUCACAGUGCCAUCUGUUUUGUCACCAAAGCCCCAUAUAUUACCCACCAUUGUGACCUGUACGCUCUUGUUGGCUGGCCCUCACUACAUAUUCGUCGCCAAACCCACUGGCUCCAGGUCAUCUAUAAAUCACUGCUAGGCAAAUCCCCGCCUUAUCUUAGCUCACUGGUCACCAUAGCAACACCCACCCGUAGUCUGCGCUCCAGCAGGUAUAUCUCACUGGUCAUCCCCAAAGCCAACACCUCCUUUGGUCGCCAUUCCUUCCAGUUCUCUGCUGCCAAUGACUGGAACGAACUGCAAAAAUCUCUGAAGCUGGAGACUCUUAUCUCCCUCACUCACUUUAAGCAUCAGUUGUCAGAGCAGCUUACCGAUCACUGCACCUGUACACAGCCAUUCUGAAAUUAGCCCACCCAACUACCUCAUCCCCAUAUUGUUAUUUAUUUUGCUAAUUUGCACCACAGUAUCACUAUUUGCACAUCAUCUUUUGCACAUCUAUCAUUCCAGUGUUAAUACGGAAUUGUAACUAUUUUGCACUAUGGCCUAUUUAUUGCCUUACCUUCAUAAUUUACUACAUUCGCACACACUGUAUAUAUAUUUUCUGUUGUAUUUUUGACUAUGUUUUGUUUACCCCAUAUGUAUUUCUGUGGUGUUGUUUUUAUCGCACUGCUUUGCUUUAUCUUGGCCAGGUCGCAGUUGUAAAUGAGAACUUGUUCUCAACUGGCUUACCUGGUUAAAUAAAGGUGAAAUAAAAAAAUAAAAAAUACAGAAUACAUAACGUAACACUCGCAAGAUGAACACGUGACUAUCACACAAUACACAACACAUACCACAUACAGCACUGCUGCAGGUCAGUGGUAGUACAGUGCCUGUAUUCAUAAAGUUUUUAGGAUCAGGUCCGACUUGUCCAUGUAGUCUUAUUCAUUAUGACCUAAAAGGCAGAAAUGAUCCUAUGAAUACGGGCCCAGAUUUCAAUUGUGGGAUUAAUAAUAAUUAAUUGGUAUAAUAAUUUUUGGGAUUUGGCGCUUUUUCUAGAUACCCAAAGCACUUUACAUAGUUAGCGGGAAGCUCACCUCAUCCACCACCAUCACCAAUGUGUAGCACCCACUUGGGUGAUUAGGCCAUUUGAACUUGGGUCUCUACCCCCUCUCUCUUCCCCCGUAGAGUGUGAAUGAGCUGAAUCAGUGGCUCUCGGCCCUGAGGAAAGCCUGCAGCCACAACACAGACACCAUGAGCUCCUACCACCCAGGGAUUUAUAAAGGAGAUCGAUGGAGCUGCUGCCACCAGAAGGACAAAGCAGGUACUGCAGUUGUUUACGUGCCCGCAAUGCAAUGCAAUACAAUGCUACAAUAGAUCAGGUAAGAGUGGGGUAUAGAUCCAGAAUCUCCUCAUUUGCCGCCCAUCAAAAUAAGCCUAAAUAUAGGCUACGAUUUAUAUGUGUCUUUCACUCUGUUUGGGGAAAAAAUCAGGAGUUUAAUGCUUGUAUGGAUGUCAACCCCAAUACAUGUUCAUGUCAUUGUCACAUUUGCAUUUGACAUUUUAGUCAUUUAGCAGAUGCUCUUAUCCAGAGUGACUUACAGGAGCAAUUGGUGUUAAGUGCUUUGGUAAAGGGCACAUCGACAAAUUUUUCACCUAGUUGGCUCAGGGAUUCAAACCAGCAACCUUUCGGUUACUGGCCCAACACUCUUAACCGCUAGGCUGCCGCCUGCACCACCCACGGUGCUAUCACCCACGGUCUGCGUUCCAUUGAUCUCUUACCGUAUGCACAGUUGAAGUCAGAAGUUUACAUACACCUUAGCCAAAUACAUUUAAACUCAGUUUUUCACAAUUCCUGACAUUUAAUCCUAGUAAAAAUUCCCUGUUUUAGGUCAGUUAGGAUCACCACUUUAUUUUAAGAAUGUGAAAUGUCAGAAUAAUAGUAGAGAGAAUUAUUUAUUUCAGCUUUUAUUUUUUUCAUCACAUUCCCAGUGUGUCAGAAGUUUACAUACACUCAAGUAGUAUUUGGUAACAUUGCCUUUAAAAUGUUUAACUUCGGUUAAACGAUUCGGCUAGCCUUCCACAAGCUUCCCACAAUAAGUUGGGUGAAUUUUGGCCCAUUCCUCCUGGCAGAGCUGGUGUAACUGAGUCAGGUUUGUAGGCCUUCUUGCUCGCACACGCUUUUUCAGUUCUUCCCACAGGUUUUCUAUAGGAUUGAUGUCGGAGCUUUGUGAUGGCCACUCCAAUACCUUGACUUUGUUGUCCUUAAGCCAUUUUGCCACAACUUUGGAAGUAUGCUUGGGGUCAUUGUCCAUUUGGAAGACCCAUUUGCGACCAAGCUUUAACUUCCUGACUGAUGUCUUGAGAUGUUGCUUCAAUAUAUCCACAUAAUUUCCCUUCCUGAUGAUGCCAUCUAUUUUGUGAAGUGCACCAGUCCCUCCUGCAGCAAAGCACCCCCACAGCAUGAUGCUGCCACCCCCGUGCUUCACGGUUGGGAUGGUGUUCUUCGGCUUGCAAGCUGCCCCCUUUUUCCUCCAAACAUAACGAUGGUCAUUAUGGCCAAACAGUUCUAUUUUUGUUUCAUCAGACCAGAGGACAUUUCUCUAAAUAGUACGAUCUUUGUCCCCAUGUGCAGUUGCAAACCGUAGUCUGGCUUUUUUAUGCUGGUUUUGGAGCAGUGGCUUCUUCCUUGUUGAGCGGCCUUUCAGGUUAUGUCGAUAUAGGACUUUUUUUACUGUGGAUAUACAGUGGGGAGAACAAGUAUUUGAUACACUGCCUAUUUUGCAGGUUUUCCUACUUACAAAGCAUGUAGAGGUCUGUAAUUUUUAUCAUAGGGACACUUCAACUGUGAGAGAAGGAAUCUAAAACAAAAAUCCAGAAAAUCACAUUGUAUGAUUUUUAAGUAAUUAAUUUGCAUUUUAUUGAAUGACAUAAGUAUUUGAUCACCUACCAACCAGUAAGAAUUCCGGCUCUCACAGACCUGUUAGUUUUUCUUUAAGAAGCCCUCCUGUUCUCCACUCAUUACCUGUAUUAACUGCACCUGUUUGAACUCGUUACCUGUAUAAAAGACACCUGUCCACACACUCAAUCAAACAGACUCCAACCUCUCCACAAUGGCCAAGACCAGAGAGCUGUGUAAGGACAUCAGGGAUAAAAUUGUAGACCUGCACAAGGCUGGGAUGGGCUACAGGACAAUAGGCAAGCAGCUUGGUGAGAAGGCAACAACUGUUGGCGCAAUUAUUAGAAAAUGGAAGAAGUUCAAGAUGACGGUCAAUCACCCUCGGUCUGGGGCUCCAUGCAAGAUCUCACCUCGUGGGGCAUCAAUGAUCAUGAGGAAGGUGAGGGAUCAGCCCAGAACUACACGGCAGGACCUGGUCAAUGACCUGAAGAGAGCUGGGACCACAGUCUCAAAGAAAACCAUUAGUAACACACUACGCCGUCAUGGAUUAAAAUCCUGCAGCGCACGCAAGGUCCCCCUGCUCAAGCCAGCGCAUGUCCAGGCCCGUCUGAAGUUUGCCAAUGACCAUCUGGAUGAUCCAGAGGAGGAAUGGGAGAAGGUCAUGUGGUCUGAUGAGACAAAAAUUGAGCUUUUUGGUCUAAACUCCACUCGCCGUGUUUGGAGGAAGAAGAAGGAUGAGUACAACCCCAAGAACACCAUCCCAACCGUGAAGCAUGGAGGUGGAAACAUCAUUCUUUGGGGAUGCUUUUCUGCAAAGGGGACAGGACGACUGCACCGUAUUGAGGAGGGGAGGAUGGAUGGGGCCAUGUAUCGCGAGAUCUUGGCCAACAACCUCCUUCCCUCAGUAAGAGCAUUGAAGAUGGGUCGUGGCUGGGUCUUCCAGCAUGACAACGACCCGAAACACACAGCCAGGGCAACUAAGGAGUGGCUCCGUAAGAAGCAUCUCAAGGUCCUGGAGUGGCCUAGCCAGUCUCCAGACCUGAACCCAAUAGAAAAUCUUUGGAGGGAGCUGAAAGUCCGUAUUGCCAAGCGACAGCCCCGAAACCUGAAGGAUCUGGAGAAGGUCUGUAUGGAGGAGUGGGCCAAAAUCGCUGCUGCAGUGUGUGCAAACCUGGUCAAGACCUUCAGGAAACGUAUGAUCUCUGUAAUUGCAAACAAAGCUUUCUGUACCAAAUAUUAAGUUCUGCUUUUCUGAUGUAUCAAAUACUUAUGUCAUGCAAUAAAAUGCACAUUAAUUACUUUAAUCAUACAAUGUGAUUUUCUGGAUUUUUGUUUUAGAUUCUGUCUCUCACAGUUGAAGUGUCCCUAUGAUAAAAAUUACAGACCUCUAUAUGCUUUAAGUAGGAAAACCUGCAAAAUCGGCAGUGUAUCAAAUACUUGUUCUCCCCACUGUAGAUACUUUUGUACCUGUUUCCUCUAGCAUCUUCACAAGGUCAUUUGCUGUUGUUCUGGGAUUGAUUUGCACUUUUCGCACCAAGGUACGUUCAUCUCUAGGAGACAGAACGCGUCUCCUUCCUGAGCGGUAUGAUGGCUGCGUGGUCCCAUGGUGUUUAUACUUGCAUACUAUUGUUUGUACAGAUGAAUGUGGUACCUUCAGGCGUUUGGAAAUUGCUCCCAAGGAUGAACCAGACUUGUGGAGGUCUACAAUUUUUUUUCUGAGGUCUUGGCUGAUUUCUUUUGAUUUUCCCAUGAUGUCAAGCAAAGAGGCACUGAGUUUGAAGGUAGGCCUUGAAAUACAUCCACAGGUACACCUCCAAUUGACUCAAAUGAUGUCAAUUAGCCUAUCAGAAGCUUCUAAAGCCAUGACAUCAUUUUCUGGAAUUGUCCAAGCUGUUUAAAGGCACAGUCAACUUAGUGUAUGUAAACUUCUGACCCACUGGAAUUGUGAUACAGUGAGUUAUAAGUGAAAUAAUCUGUCUGUAAACAAUUGUUGGAAAAAUUACUUGUGUCAUGCACAAAGUAGAUGUCCUAACCGACUUGCCAAAACAAUUGUUUGUUAAAAAUACAUUUGUGUAGUGGUUGAAAAACGAGUUUUAAUAACUCCAACCUAAGUGUAUUUAAACUUCAGACUUCAACUGUAUACAGUACAAUAAAACAAGGGACCAACCGCUUUACUGGGCAGCUACUUGGUUGCAGGUUUUUGUUCCAGCCCUACUCUAACACACCUGAUUCAGGAAAUGAAACUCCAGAUGAUCAGUUAAAUCUGGUGUGUUGGAGUAGGGCUGGAACAAAGUCCUGCACACCCAGUAGCGCUCCAGGUGGAGGGUUGGCCACCCCCUGAUAUACAAUGUGGUAAAUGCUGGACAGGUGGUUAAUAAGGUAGUUGGGGUUGAGUCAAUAUUUGCUCUUGUCUGUCCAGACCCAGGAUGUGACAAGACCAAACACGGGGUGACAUUACAGGAGUGGUACGAUCCCCUCGACCCGGAUCUGGAAUCCCAGCUCAUCUAUCGGCACCUUAUUGGAGUCCGACAGGCUAUGAGGUACAGUUCAAAACUCAUUGCAGAAACCUAUAUCCCCCUUGUUUGUUCUCACAGACAGACCUGGGUUCAAAUUGUAUUUGUUUACUUUCAAAUACUUAGCUGCGCUCGAUCAAGCUUGUCUGGCGCAAUGGAUCCAAUUGAAUAGUCCCAAAAGUGCAAACCCCACCCAUCUGGCGCUCCUCGGGCUCAAUCAAUUGCUCAAAGUAUUUGAAAGAAAGCAAAUACUAUUUGAACCCAAGUCUGUUCACAGAUGCAUUGACAGGUCAAGCAGGUUCCUGUGUUUUGGUACUGUAGGCUGAUGCACAUUUGACUUUUUGAUUGUUUCUGUUUUCUUUCAGGAAAAAAUACCAAGAGAUUAUCAAGCCAGAAGAAGAGGAUGACAGAGAGACUUUGGAAGGUAGGGUUCUUGAAGCUUUUUUCUUUUCAUAAAGAUACUGUAACAAUAUACAGUAUAUGAUCAAGAUAAUGGUUAUUAUUCUUUUGAAUGCAUAUCAUAAAAAAAUAUAUAUUGUAAAGAAAGACAACAAGCCAUAGAAGGGUAUACAGUGGGGAAAAAAAGUAUUUAGUCAGCCACCAAUUGUGCAAGUUCUCCCACUUAAAAAGAUGAGAGAGGCCUGUAAUUUUCAUCAUACGUACACGUCAACUAUGACAGGCAAAUUGAGGAAAGAAAAUCCAGAAAAUCACAUUGUAGGAUUUUUAAUGAAUUUAUUUGCAAAUUAUGGUGGAAAAUAAGUAUUUGGUCACCUACAAACAAGCAAGAUUUCUGGCUCUCACAGACCUGUAACUUCUUCUUUAAGAGGCUCCUCUGUCUUCCACUCGUUACCUGUAUUAAUCGCACCUGUUUGAACUUGUUAUCAGUAUAAAAGACACCUGUCCACAACCUCAAACAGUCACACUCCAAACUCCACUAUGGCCAAGACCAAAGAUCUGUCAAAGGACACCAGAAACAAAAUUGUAGACCUGCACCAGGCUGGGAAGACUGAAUCUGCAAUAGGUAAGCAGCUUGGUUUGAAGAAAUCAACUGUGGGAGCAAUUAUUAGGAAAUGGAAGACAUACAAGACCACUGAUAAUCUCCCUCGAUCUGGGGCUCCACGCAAGAUCUCACCCCGUGGGGUCAAAAUGAUCACAAGAACGGUGAGCAAAAAUCCCAGAACCACACGGGGGGACCUAGUGAAUGACCUGCAGAGAGCUGGGACCAAAGUAACAAAGCCUACCAUCAGUAACACACUACGCCGCCAGGGACUCAAAUCCUGCAGUGCCAGACGUGUCCCCCUGCUUAAGCCAGUACAUGUCCAGGCCCGUCUGAAGUUUGCUAGAGUGCAUUUGGAUGAUCCAGAAGAGGAUUGGGAGAAUGUCAUAUGGUCAGAUGAAACCAAAAUAGAACUUUUUGGUAAAAACUCAACACGUUGUGUUUGGAGGACAAAGAAUGCUGAGUUGCAUCCAAAGAACACCAUACCUACUGUGAAGCAUGUGGGUGGAAACAUCAUGCUUUGGGGCUGCAAAGGGACCAGGACGACUGAUCCGUGUAAAGGAGAGAAUGAAUGGGGCCAUGUAUCGUGAGAUUUUGAGUGAAAACCUCCUUCCAUCAGCAAGGGCAUUGAAGAUGAAACGUGGCUUGGUCUUUCAGCAUGACAAUGAUCCCAAACACACCGCCCGGGCAACAAAGGAGUGGCUUCGUAAGAAGCAUUUCAAGGUCCUGGAGUGGCCUAGCCAGUCUCCAGAUCUCAACCCCAUAGAAAAUCUUUGGAGGGAGUUGAAAGUCCGUGUUGCCCAGCGAUAGCCCCAAAACAUCACUGCUCUAGAGGAGAUCUGCAUGGUGGAAUGGGCCAAAAUACCAGCAACAGUGUGUGAAAACCUUGUGAAGACUUACAGAAAACAUUUGACCUGUGUCAUUGCCAACAAAGGGUAUAUAACAAAGUAUUGAGAAACUUUUGUUAUUGACCAAAUACUUAUUUUCCACCAUAAUUUGCAAAUAAAUUCAUUAAAAAUCCUACAAUGUGAUUUUCUGGAGAAAAAAAAAUCUCAUUUUGUCUGUCAUAGUUGAUGUGUACCUAUGAUGAAAAUUACAGGCCUCUCUCAUCUUUUUAAGUGGGAGAACUUGCACAAUUGGUGGCUGACUAAAUACUUUUUUCCCCCACUGUAUAUGGCCUUCUAUACCUUUAUAUGACUUCCUAGAAGAGGGCACACGAUUGUCAUGGUUAACUAGAAUGUUUUAUAUACUGUACUGUUAACCCUAAUAUUCCUUACUAAGUUAUAAGUGCCAGAUUUAUAACCUUGUCGGUGCGCGUAUUUGAAUCAGCGACCUUUCGGUUACUGACUCAACACUCUAACCGCUAAGCUACCUACCACCCUAUAGUUUAAAGGUAGAGUCAGCAAUCCACAAAGUAAACAGCAAUAUCGGGUCGAUUUCCGCAACAACUAAGAGCAUUGAAGUGCGAGGCUAAACUUCUCCACUGUUUCCAGUCCUGCAGAUUUCACGUAAUAGCUUUUGAAGCACACCCGUGCACAUGUGCAAAUACUCUGUCUAUACUCUGAGUGCAGCGUCUUGCAUCGUGUUCAUCUGCAACAUCUGCGGUGCUUCUCGUGCAACAUCAUAUCGCUGAGUCUAAAGUGUGUUUGAAAGAUGUGUGUCUGUGUAUUUCUGUGCUGGUUGGUCCCAGUCUGUAAUCUGUUAUCUGACCUCUCAUGUCCCAGGUGAGAAGAAGCUGGACGGGGUCACAAGGUUGUUCAGUGUCCUACAGGACCUGCAGAACUCCCACACUGCAGUGGAGGAGGAGGAGAGGUCAAAGAAUAGAAACUUUCUCCUGGAGCUGCAAACGUAACAGAAUGUCAACGCAACAGGCAGUUCUCAGGCCUAUGAUGUCCCAAAUGGCUCCCUAAUCCCCUCUAUACUGCACUACUUGUGACCAAGGCACAUAGGGUAAUUGCGCUAUAAAGGGACACAGCCCUAGUCUGUGUUACUCCUUUUACUCAACUCUUUACAUUAAUUUUGACUUCUCCUUGUCAAGAAAACCCGUAUGGAACGUCAGUGAAGACAUUUUGGUCAGUACACCAUCAUGUUCAUCAUAAACUUCUUCAUGAAGAUGAGUUCUGUUGGGUGAUGCUCUGCUCUUCACAUUAACCUCACAGAGCUACCAGCAACAUCCCUUUAAGAAGCACUGACGGGGAGUGGAUUGUGUGAUGCGUCUGUGUUUGACAUUGCGUUUGAGGUUCAACCCCCCCCCCUAUACAUAGUGCAGAUGUAGAUAUUAUGAAUGUAUGGUAAAUGUUACCUGUGGAAAGUUUAACAUUAUGUUAUGUUAACAAGGGUUAUAUCCUGUACAUGCAUAAUGCAGCUAUAGUAAAGAGUAGAUGGAGACCAAGAGCAGUAUCGCUAAAGUAUUUGUAAAAUGAUCAGCCUAUUGAAAGCAUAUGAACUGAUGGCAACACUGACAUUAAAAUCAAAUUUUAUUUGUCACAU